GGGAACUCCAGAUUGCUAUUGUGAGCCGCAGAAGAGUUUGUCUCUUUAACUUGCCUGUCUGGAAAUGCAGCAGCAACAGCAGCAGCGCAGACCCAAGAAUGGAAACCGCGUCUCCUGAAAUAUGCUGAAGCGCAGAUAUUUUGUACGUGUUGGGUUUGGGUGAGGAAAGCACCAAAAAGACGCGAGGAGGAGCUGGAGCCUCCGGGGCUGCGCUCAUGUGACCGGUGGCGGCUGAGGGCUGGGGCUGCCCAGAAAUAGCCGCAGCUGCUUUCCUUGCUCGGUGCAAGUGGGUAGCGCGAGGGAGAUUGGCUCCUCCGAAGGAUGCGAAGCCGCCAAGCCCCAAGCAGAUGAUGGCGAUACGAGAGCUGAAAGUGUGUCUGCUUGGAGUGAGUAGCGACCAAGAGGCGGAGUGGGCUGGGGUGGGGGCUGAAGGAGAGAUGGCGGGGAGGAGGCGCUGGGUUCUCAAGCCGUGUCGUGGGGAGAAAACAACAACGCGCAAACUGAGGAACUAGAGCGGGAAGGAUGCCUGUCCCGAGGCACCUUGGAAAGUUUCGUGGUCUUUGCAGAAGAGCUUCCUUUGUCUUCCCUUCGGCCCCCACUUGGCCAGAUGUGCGUUUGCUCUGCAAAGGCUUGUUUGGCUCUCGCUUCCUCGAGUUGCUUUCUGGGAAGUUUGGCAGUUGUGCUAGAUAGGGAUGUUAGGCAGACAUCCCCUCACCCUCCGCCAUCGCGCCUGGGAUCUUUCCCUGCUUAAUCCAUUCCUGCUCUACCUCACUUCGUUCCACCAGGUGGAAAUGGAGUCUUAUAUCUUCUGGGAGAUAUAGUUCUCACUGAGAUGGCGAGCCUGUGUUUGUAGAUAUAUGCAGAUAGAAAAUGAUCGUCCUAGAAUCCUUUCCCCUGACGUCCAGAUUUCUAACUGGAGAGCUUUACUCUCCCCCUCAUACCAGCCCCCACCUGCAGUGGUCCAGGCCCAGAUUCACCAUCUCCAUACGAAUUAGUCCAUUGUUUCUUUUGGGGUGGGGGAAAGGUGGCUUAAAAAAAAUACUGGUGCUUCUCAUAUGCUGAACUACAGAAGGAUUUUGCCCAUCCCUCCUCCCUCUCUUAAACUUUCUUCCACAAGCUAAAAUAUGUUUUAUCCAAACAUGGUCUUUUGUGGUUUAUCUUUAGCAAGUAACGUUUCGUGCUGGAGAGAGGAAAGGGAUUGCUACAUACUUCAACUGAUUGUUGGACAGUAAACUGCCCGCAUGCAAAGCAGUUAAACAUCAGACACAGCUCAGCUAAAAUUUUGUCUUUCUGUGCCUGACUGUGUCUUUAGAAGAGUUUGCAUCAGUUGUGCUAAGUUCCUCUCAGCUGAAACUUGGCGGGCAAACACCGACCAGUUUCCAGGGAGUUGUUUCUCUUUUUGCUUUCAGUGUUCUUGACAAACCUUUUGUUGGCAUGACACACUGUUUUGCACAGCCAUGUUUGGCUUAUACUAACUACAUAGACUUGCCUCCCUUUUAUUUGGGCAAAACAAAUAAACCUAGUAUUAGUUUUAAGAGAAUGGCAUUGUGUGUACAACAAAUAAGGAAGAAGAAAGUUUAAAAAUCAGCAAUAUUUGCCAAAAAAGUAAAGAGCCACUUAGAAUGGAUUAAAUAAAAAACUACUCCAGUGUGUGGAGAUAUGAUCUGAAGGCACAUAGGACUAUUACUUUGCUGAAGCUAACCUGGGCUGGGUCUGGUCAGUUCUGGGAUGAAAGAACACCUGGGAGCCACCUUACAUAUGCCACAUUGUGUUCCAUGAUGGAAGAAAAGUGGGAUAUAAAUGUAAAUAAAUUAAUACGUGCCAAACAAUGCCAGCUACAUAGCCCAUUGCAUAGAUUAUUUAGGUCAAAACUCUUGGAGAUAAACUGUUGACAUUACCAGCACGAAGGCUUGUUCUCUUGCCGACGUACAUGAGAGUAAGCGCCACAGAACUUAUUUUACAGAAAGCUGGCCUAUGAUUGUCCUAUGGAUCCACAGUAGGUUGUGCAAAUCACUUGGGGAGUCUUUAUUUUGCUGUGCUGUAUAUUAUGCCUAGGUUUUGGCCUAGAAUCCUUCUCCUGCUUUAAACCUUGAGUACAGUGGCCACCCACGCAGGAUAUAAUCACCCUGCUGCAGCAGAAUGGGUGGCAGCUAUAGUGCAGAGGUGCUUUUCUACUAGGACGUUACUUAGUUCAAUCAACAUGUUCUUGUCCUUCUUUCUAAAACCUUUAAACAAGUAUUUUCUGUGUACCACCCUAUUUCACUGAUUUCGCUGGAAUGAUGGAAAAGAUGUAUGUGACCUAAUGAACUAAUUGCAGAAGUUUCAUUCUGCUUAACUUAUUUCCAUUUGCUAUCCAAACCAGCUGUGUUACAGCAUCUAAAGAAAAAGAGAAGUACUUAUAUUUGCAGCUUCUUUGCUUUUCCUUUUGUCAUAAGUAACAUAAAUUAAACUGCAAUAUACAGACUUUUUAUAAAUGUUAAACAAAACUAUUAAAAACUGCAUAUACCUCAGUUUUAGUAAUAAAAACUUUUAAAAGUUUGUUGUGAGCAUUUUCCGCUGUGUAUUCCUAGGGAAGUUAAAGUGCAACAUACCUUUAUGAUCUGUACAUGCUUCUGUACAUUUAAUAGCUCAUAUAAAGUUUUGCAUGGUUUAUCUUAUGGUAUAUGACCUUUCAUUUUUUUAGGUUAGCUCUCUCCAGCAUGAUUACUGAACUUUUAUUCUAGAAAAUGUGGCAUGGUUUUUUUCUUGAGCAAGCAAAACACGUAGCCAAUUAAAUUACAGUCCUAUACCCAUCUAUUUGGGAAUAAGUAACGUUGAUUUCAGUUGUACCUUUCAGUAGAGUAGACAUGUAUAGGAUUGUGCUAUUAGCCUCUCUUAAUUCAAUAGGGCCUAACUCACACGAGUGCAUGGGAUUGUACCUUUAGAGUCAGUAUUUUGAAAAGCUCAUUGUCUUGUGAAAUCUGUGAAUGCUAAAGUUAGAUUUACAAGAGGCUUUUUAAAUAAGACUCUGUGGAUGUACUGCAUGUACUAGGCUUGCACAACUCUCCAGCUUGUAAACAAAUGUCAGAGAGAAACACAGGAAAAAAAGAGGACAUGAAGAGUUUCAGUUACACCAGCCAAGACUACUAGUCAUUGGGAGGAGGCUUUGUGACCUUAAAUGCAAUAUCUUACAAAAGCAUCAGCUUUGAUCGUGAUUUACUUACAUCACCUUUCAUAAAGGCUUGAUGGUCAGUUUUUCCAAGAGUGCAAUAUCCUUCCUGUAGCAGAGCAAGCUGCCCUGUGUCAGAUACAGAUUAUUAGAACAAGGCAGGUCAGUGCUUAUAACAGUAAAGUUUCAUUUAUAUUUUUAUAGGUGUUGCUGUAUAAAUAACAAUAUCUUCACUGUUCAGACCUUCUUCCCCUUUGACUGCAAAAUGUGAUCAAAGAUGCAUAAGGCUUUAUAAAAUCUGGGCAACCAUACUUACCAUGCUGAAGUCUGUGGCUUGGACUGUGUUCAUGGAAUUUCCCGGACAUAUCCGGACAUAUCCAAAAUGCUGCAGUCAGUAGUCAGCGGAAAUAGGCAAAAUGUCCAGGAUAAUCCAGAUGUAUGGCAGCCCAUAUUGACAGUGUCAUUUUUUCCGAAUUCCCAUAAAAAUAGCACAAAAAUUGGUUUUUUGGGGGGAGGGUUGCCCCCAAACGCUCAACAGCUUUGGGCAAACCUAAAAAAGCUCAUAAACUUUGGCCAAAAAAGGCUUCUGUCUCACAUUUUCACUGCUUCAAAUAUGGGAACCCUAUUGGAAGACCUGUUUCCAUUAACAUGUUUAUUUAGUAGCAUGUUACUGAAAAGGUGUAGUUUAUGUAUGCACUUAAAUGUGUUAUGUGGAAAUGCAUAUACUGUACACCAAAAAACAUGGACCUUGAGAGGGAAUUGAAGGAAUCCAAUCUGACUAUAUUCUGUUUUGGGUGGAGUACAGUACAUAUGGAUUUAGAUGAGGAGAGGAGCAAAUGCAAGUGAUGAUAUAAUUUGAGAUAAAGUCUAAUUAGUGGCCCUCUAACCCACUUGCAAAAGAGGACACAGAUUUGAAUAAAAUUUGCAUAUGCUUUGUGUCAUGCAAAUCGUGUCCUUCCCAGAAGAGAUCUGUUGCGGUGAGAUCUGGAGACUGACCUCUUGGUUGUGGGUGGGUCCAUUGGAUAGCCACAACACCUGAUUGGUAGGUCCCUCAAUGCUGGGUUUCAAUCUGGCCAAUUGGGCUGCAGUCUAAACGGAUCGAGGGACAUAUAUAAAGCCAUGCACAUGACCCAGAGCUUCCUCUUUUGGCUUGUGCAUCAGAACACCUGCCCACCUCUCCCUAUUUUUAGGGCCUUUUGCGAUUGACCUUGCUAUGCCGUCGUGUGUCGUCUGUCUUUGGGACAGGUACGGCAGGAAUUUUCCCACUUGGCUGAUUGGCUAUUGUCAUUUGGGUUUCGCCUGCUGCGCAGCAAUGCGUCACAACUUGUAAGGUUGUGCAUAGGCACUGGUUCAUAUGAUAGGGAUGGGAGAACGGUCCGCCAUCCCUAUGUGAAGAGUAUUCUGUUAAAGGAAUCCAGGGACUCAACUAGGUUUGGCCAGCCCCCGAAAAGGGGUUGAGCCCAUGCCUGAGUCCAGGGGAGCAUCUGGGGAGUGAAUAGAGUCUGCUCCCAGGCUUUUCACCUUCCUCAGGUGUUCACCCUUGGCUGACCUAUGAUAGAGCUCUGGGUCAGUGCUACCUACAAGGGUGUAGUGAGCUAGUCAAACCAGAGCCUUUGCAACCACUCACUUUUCUGUAAUCAAUAAAGUUGUGGCCUAAAUUCUGCCAAAAAUCAAAACUAAAAUUUGAGUCAAAUGUGUCUUUAUUUAGGAGGGAGGUCUCUGGGUCUGAACACGCAAAUUUGUGUCCUCUUCUGAAGAUGUAGUAGAGGGUCUAAAAAUAAUUUAAUGGCCAUACACACAAAGUAUUUGACAGAAAGUAUGUGAGCAGGUGAAGCUUUCCCCAUAAUUAUAUUUCUGUAUUAGAAAAAAACUUAACUUGUAGUUCUACCUUCCACAACUCUGUUAAAGGCACAAGAAGUGUGCUUUCUCCUAAGGCCAACUGUAUACCAAGGCCUGGGAUGUAGUCCUGUACCCACUUUCCUGCGAGUAACCACUAUGAAGCACAAAGUGACAAACUUCUGAGUAGACAUGUGUACCAUCGUACUGCAUAAUAAUGUAAUAGUGAAUUCUUAAUGAGUGUUUAGCCUUUGACUCUUCUUCAGCAGCAGACAUGACUCUUUGCAAAGUUUUCAUAAAUUGCCUUGGCCGUUGCAGGGGGGAUGCUUUAACAUACAGUGGUACCUCAGGUUAAGAACUUAAUUCGUUCCGGAGGUCCGUUCUUAAGCUGAAACUGUUCUUAACCUGAAGCACCACUUUAGCUAAUGGGGCCUCCCACUGCUGCUGCCCCGCAGCCACACAAUUUCUGUUCUCAUCCUGAAGCAAAGUUCUUAACUCGAGGUACUAUUUCUGGGUUAGUGGAGUCUGUAACCUGAAGCGUCUGUAACCCGAGGUACCACUGUACUUACUGUGUAAUCAUAUUUGCAAAAAACAACUUCUAGAAAGUACCUAACCACAGUUGUUGGGGGGGGGGUGGAAUAAAGGCAAACUGCAGAGAUUCCAAGGACUAGAAAAUGAGAAAGAAGCAGGAAAAGUACACUAAAGGGAAAAGGAAAGCAGCAGCUCUUCUGGGAUCCCAUGAAUCCCUUUUGCUUGGUGUCCGCACAACUCACUUGUCAGCCACAGCUCCCAAUUCACUCAUUGGCUAAAAUCACUGAAAGGUGGGAGCAUCCUGGUUGCCUCAUUUCACCGAAAUCACUUAGAAGGGUACUUGCGCAAAAAGAACAUAGCCACAAGUAGAAUGUGUGGUUUUGUUUUGUUUUUUUAAAGGUAUAAAUUGUAGGUAUGAUAGAAAUUUGUUACAAGGCUUUUUUUUAACUCUUCAGCAAAAGAACAGGAUGUUGUGGUGUCAUUGGGAGUCCAUGGCUGACCUUCUUUUUUAAUUUGUACUAACUACCAAAGUUACGGUAGAUUUUUUUUUUCAUUUGCAGAAGUCAAAAUAUACAACUAUGCUUGUGUAAUAUAUUUGUAACCUUGGGCAUUCUUUCUUACAAGAACAUUUGCAACACAAGUAGAACCUUUAAAAUAUAUAUCAUGUAAACACAUUUUAUAGGCAUAUAAUAGACAAUUCCUGCCUCUUAUCUGUGUGGGAUUAAACAGGCAAGAAAAAAUGUAAAGAAUUUGAUAACACCUAGGUUAUUAUUAAGAUAUGUAUUAAACAGCCUGUACUGUCUCAUCUCCUAAGUUCAUGAGAAUGUUGUCAUAUGCAAGUGUAACCCAUAUUACAACUUCCUGAUAAUAGGCUUAUUUAGGUUGGAAUUUUUUUUAAUGGCUUGGUUCAGUCAGUCUGCACUGGCAAGUGAUGGUGGGGGAGGGCUGUAUGCCAGGCCAAAAGAGUGUGAAAUAGUGAGUUACUCAGCACUAACAAGAAGAACCACUACAAGAGAGGGGGAAUUAGUGGUCCAUGAACAUACUUUGGAUUUCUUUUCAGUUCAGUAGAUACCACCUUUGUAAAAAUGCCUGUGUACAGGAUAACCUCUGGGUGGUAAUGAAUUUGUAAUAAAUCUGCUGUAUUUGUAGUAAAGUGCUUUAGUCAUGUUACAAUGGCAAGUUUUUAAAAUUAUAGCAUAUUUUCUGAUAUAAAGUUUGGGACUUUGGAGCAACUUCAUGGUGUUUUGUCAUCCAUUGCAAAGGGUCUUCAGAUUCAUGAGAUAAAUCCACUGAACUCUUUGUAUGUCACAGGAUUUCUAUCUUUCCCUCAGGGUUGUGAGUUUCUGCCCACAGACAUGUGACGUCACACACACAUGCCUGCAUGUAGUGAAUGUGAUGUCACACACUGUGCAAGCAUCUGCAUGUGACGUCGCACAUCCGCAUUGCAUUGGCCAACGGCGGCCACUCCUCUUCCUCCUCUCCACAGCCAGCGAGGCACGCUUUUCUGCAGCGAGGGGCUCAGAAUCGGAGGCAGAGAGACUCUUCAGAGUUGAUUGUUUUAAAACAGAAAAUAAAAUUAAUGGGUGGAAUUAAACAUUGCACUAUUAGAAUAGUUCUGUCAGCACAAACGUCUGCUUGCCCAACAGAGUACGAUAACUUGCCCCCUCCCCACUCACUGUGUGCUUUUCUUAGGGUUCUCCUGACUUCCAGAGCUGAUUUAGUGGGGAGCAGGGGGGAGGAUGGAAGCCCCAGUUGCAAUAGUGGGAUUUGUGCUGGCUUCUGUUAGCACAAAUGUUUCAUUUAAUCUGGUUGAAUUAGUUAGUUGAAUCUGGCUCAAUGAAGUGUGUUAAUGAAUAGCUUCAAGCAGAUGCAGUUAUGGAGGUACAUAUAUUGCUUUCAGCUCCAAAUGCAGGGAUUUGGGGAAGUGUCAUGGGUGCCAGAGAGAGGUGGUGUCUUCAUUCAAGUAAUAUUGUUGUUGUGGGGAGGGUUACUUAGAAACACUUUCACUUGCAUCGUUGUGGAAGCAAAGAACUGAAAAUCAUGCUGGAACUCCUGAUAUACACUUGCUGCCCCUAAAGACAUAGGCUGUUCUUAUUUUCUAGAUGAGACAUUAAGACAUGGAUAGCCUAUAGUUUUGCACUUUUAUCAAUGGGCAACAGUUUAAAAACCAAGGCUUGCUUUUCACUAUGUAUAUUUUGCCAACUGUUUGUAUUUUCAUUAUCUGCACUUGGUUGAUUAUGGACUACACAGGCUGUGGGUUGACCACAUCACCCUCAAGUCAUAUGUGGAGUCCUGUGGGAAGCGUGAAAAAGAUUCAACAUUUAGCACAAGAAAAUAAAACCAAGUUGUUUUGAACGGAACGGAACUGGACUGGAUUUUCUUUUCAGUAUGAGCCGCCUUGGAAUAGUCCUUGAAUUUAAAAAAAAAAUCCAAAAAGUGUAGCCAGAAUCUUCAGAACACUCCCAAAAGUAUUAUACAACUUGUAUUCAUUGACAGCCAGGUUCAAAUACUCUCCAAGCAGCAGAGCAGAUCUUUGAAAUGUGGUUUUAGAAACAUGACUGCACUAGUAAGACAUGGAAAAAGUUGCAAAGCUGUCACUGUCUGAUCAGCUGGGGAAACAGCAGUAAGGGAGGAAAACUUCCUCUUGUACUGAAUUUCAGGAAAUAAUUUCUCCCAGGCAUUUUCCUCUACCUCAGAUGUUGCUCCCUAAAAUUUACAAAUAAUUGAUCAUAUUUAUCCACAUUUACCCAUCUGCACACAGAUAUUAACUAUGUUCGCCACAUCCCACAGCCAUCUCUUUCUCUGACCUCUUUUAGGGCUGAUUGGUAAGAUUCUGUGUGGUUGGUGGAGGUGUUAGGGUUGCCAUAUUUUGAAGAGCAAAAAAAAAAAGGCAGCUAUUCAAAGCAAAUAAAUGCAAUUUGUCUCAGAUUUUACCCCUUAAAAAGAGGGUGUGUCUUGGAAAAAUAGGACACGUGGCAACCCUAGCAAGCGGGAUAGGAUAAAGGGAGGUAAUCCUCCGUAGGAUAUGUUUAAAAUCAAAAUCUUAAGUUCAGCCAAGUUUAAAUGUGGAAAAAAUAAUUUUCCCUAUACAAUCAAACAAUAAAAAUAACAGGCAAAAAUAUGAUUUAAGUAUUUCAUUUAUAAAUUGCUUCCUAUAAAGCAUCUUGAAGCAAUUUUACAUCUCAAAGUGCUGAAUAAAGGAUAUCCCCAAUAAAAAUUACUACAAUAAUAUCAUAGUAGUUAUAGUUUGUGCAAAUGGAAAUUUAACAUAUAAGAUAAUAUGCCGAGUUGUAACACAGCUUUGUUCUUUAGUAGCAUCUGGUUGAAGUUAUGGAAUUGGAAAUCUGACAGUGUAUUUAAUAAACACCCCUGAAACUUAAAAUACCAUGCUUGCUUACUACUGUUUUGUCUGUCUAUGUUGCCAAUCUUUAUGUAAAUAAGAAACAGAAUGCUUACAAAAUCUUUAAAUCACACAAGCAAUUUUAAUAUUGCAUAACAGUAAGAAAAUGCCAUUUUUUUCCAUGCAGUCGUUUAAAACUGACUUUCGUGUUUGCUUUACUAUAAAUAGAUAUAUUUUUAUAGCUUCCUUUCCAUCAGGCUAGCCAGAGAGUUGCAGUGGUUGAAUAUAGUCCUUUAGACCAGCAGUUCUCAAACCAUUUCCCCCACAGACCACUUAAAAACCGCUGGGGAUCUUGACAGAUCAUGGUAAACUUGCAUUGGUUUUACUUCUCCAUCAUUAUCAAAACCAAUGUCACAUUAUGAAAAUAUAGAUCCCAUACUAGGGUCUUUUAAGCUUGUUUGAUAAUUUGGCCUGAUCGACACAGCCUCAGUCUCCAUUGUUGUCAGAAGAAAAACAUGCAAAGUGCAGGGCUGAGUGUACAGUGGUACCUCGGAUUACAUAUGCUUCAGGUUACGUACGCUUCAGGUUACAGACUCCGCUAACCCAGAAAUAGUGCUUCAGGUUAAGAACUUUGCUUCAGAAUGAGAACAGAAAUCGUGCUCCGGUGGCGCAGCAGCAGCCGGAGGCCCCAUUAGCUAAAGUGGUGCUUCAGGUUAAGAACAGUUUCAGGUUAAGAACGGACCUCCAGAACGAAGUAAGUACUUAACCUGAGGUACCACUGUACAGAUAUUCUUGGCACCUUGCAAUUUUACCACAGAUCGCUUGAAUGGAUUUCGUGGGACAACAUUACUCCACAGACCACAGUUUAAGAACUCCUACUUUAAACUAUAUAGUGUAAAGGGACACAUUAUUAUAUGUUUUAUUUUGUACUGAAAUAGAGAUAGAUGUUGGAUGGUGUGAGCACUUUAAGAGUAGGGUUACAGGCUUUAUGCUGCAGCCUUAGGUAGGGUGUAUGUAUGUGUGAAAAUAUGGCAGUUCAAUACUGUACUUACUUACCUAUAUGCAUAUUAACGUGAUGUUGCUCUUAAAUGAAAAGGAUUUAGGUACUUAUUAGCAUUGUUUAAUAACUCACGUGUGUUAUCUGAACAUAUGGUGUAACAAAUGCUGGCUAGGUCUUCCUCUUGUGGCAAGAUGAGAAACUGCACUGAGGGAGCAAGGUUCAUUCAUGUGCAUGGAAACCGUGGCAGUGUCAAAAAAGCAUACACAAAUUAUGUUUUCCACAGCUUUACAGCUCAAAUUACUCUUACAUUUUCCACCCUUUGCUUACUUGGAUAUAUAUGUGUGUGUUUUUAUUAGACCUACUUCUUAGUAAUGUUUUUUAGGAUUAGGAUAUUAAACAUUUUACCUCCUUGCAGUAAGAAAAUGCUUACACAAACCAAGCCACGUGCAAGUGAAACAAGCCUAUUUUGGUAAGGGGACUAUUAGAGGAAAGAUUAACCUAUAUUAUGAUUUCUAAUGCAGAUUGUGCUUUCCCUCUAGCAAUUUCUCUGUUUUAAAUUUAUUUUAUUAUAUUGAUCUGGCCACCCAGUAACGUAUGUUCUUGUUUAAAAUGUAUUUUUUCCCCAAUUUUUUUAUUGGUUUUCACAUUUAUCACAUAAAAAAGAAACAAGAAAAAAGAAAAACAUUACAUAACACAAAAACAAAGAAAAGACAUAAAAAAGAAUUAUUACUUCCAAUUCCUAAUUUCAUUACAUUGAUAUCUGACUUCCUCAAAUCCCCUCUAAUUGAAUUUUGUUAUAUCACCUGUUUAGCAGUUCUCCAAAUUCAUAUUUCUAAUAGUAUUUAACUUCUUUCAUUUACUAACCUUUUCUCCUUUAUUAAUAUUCUAAUCCUUAAUAUUUAUUAACAGCGUAUUCUUAUUCUACCCCUAAGCCGAUUUACAAGGGACGCGGGUGGCGCUGUGGGUAAAAGCCUCAGCGCCUAGGGCUUGCCGAUCGAAAGGUCGGCAGUUCGAAUCCCCGCAGCGGGGUGCGCUCCCGUUGCUCGGUCCCAGCGCCUGCCAACCUAGCAGUUCGAAAGCACGUCAAAGUGCAAGUAGAUAAAUAGGGACUGCUUACUGGCGGGAAGGUAAACGGUGUUUCCGUGUGCUGCGCUGGCUCGCCAGAUGCGGCUUUGUCACGCUGGCCACGUGACCCGGAAGUGUCUCCGGACAGCGCUGGCCCCCGGUCUCUUGAGUGAGAUGGGCGCACAACCCUAGAGUCUGUCAAGACUGGCCUGUACGGGCAGGGGUACCUUUACCUUUUAAGCCUAUUUAUUACUUCCAAGAAAUUUCUCUUUAUCUUAUAUUACAACAUUUAGCUAAAUAUUCUUUAAGUUUUUUUCUUGUUUAAAAUGCAUUGUCCUCCUUCCCCCAUCCCCAUAAGUGAGGAGUGGUGUCCCUAUUCAAGCAUGUAAUUAGCAGGGAAUGAGCAAAAGUCACCUUCUCCAGCCCCAGCUGUCCAUUGAGACCCACAAAUCAGUCUGUGCAGUUCACAAUGUGCUACUGUAGCAAGACAGUGAGUACAAAAUGAGUGGAAAAUCAUACUGAAAGCAGGACAUCUUUUAAGAAACGGGGGCCAGGAUUUUGAAUAAAUAAAAACACCAGGAGCAAGCAAGUCACGACAUAUGCAUAUGGAGUGGGGGCUACGGCUUCUGCAGUGGGAGGGGGGGAAGCUGGGAAGUCACUUGGCUUUAGGCAAUAUUGUUUCCUGACUUCUGAUAUGAUGAUUAGUUGUAGGUCCCCCCCCCCUUGCUCACACUAUUGUCAAGGGAACUUCAGAGCCUGAGGAGGACCAGGAGACAUAGAUGAAUUCAUAGAGAGUUAACUAUCAGGCAUGUUUCUUCCUUGGCUGAGGAGGGCCAGGACACCAGCCACACCCUUCCCCACCAGGCCUCACACCCUCCUUGAAUAUUUUUAUCUUACUUGAGGUGGGUGAGGAAAAGGAAGUUAAAAUGAAUCAUUAAGCUUCCCCAACUCAAAAAAAGCACGCAUUAGAACAUAGCUGCAGAAGUCUUAUCACAAAAACAGUGGGUCAAAUUAAUUAAGGGCAAAUUCCAUAGACUUUAUCGCAAUUAAUUCCAAUAGGGUCAAUGAACAAUAGACUAUGAGAACAUUAAAUCAGCUUAUACAUGGUAGGUAUUUGCAAAACCAGGGUCUUUUAAUUUGUGAGCUGCUAAACUACCAUGAUAUUUACCAAGAUGUGUAUGAACCGGAGGUGGUUUGGGGUUGUUUGGAAGAAAUUAGAUUUUAAAAGCUGAACAGGAAACCAUUUAACCACAGAAGGGGAAAUGCAGUUUGUUUUCAAACAUUCACUUCAAAUCAGGAAUAACAAUGGUAUUGCCUGAAGUUGCCUACAAAUAAUUUCUAAUCUUAAAAAAACACUUCACAAUCCUGGAAUUGCAACAUCUCAAAUGAAAUCAGUAGGCGAGUUAAAUUUUUCGUAAUAGCAAUAUCGCCAUUCUGCCACAGUUAUUGACUAGAAUCUGCCUGAAUGGUUUUAAAUCACGGCUGCCUCAGGACUUUAUUGAUUUCUACACUGCAGUAUAAGUGGCAUGUACUGAGGAAAAACUUAUUAUGGACCAUUAGGUGGUUAAGUAAACAUUCCUCAGACUAGACACUUGUUCUUUUUAGCUCACACCUUAUUUCAAUGUAAUGUUGAAUUGAUUCUUCCUUUCUUAAUUUUCAGGAUACUGGAGUUGGCAAAUCUAGUAUAGUUUGUCGAUUUGUUCAGGAUCAUUUUGACCACAAUAUUAGCCCCACUAUUGGGUAAGUACUAUACAUACAUACAUACAUACAUACAUAUAUAAUAUGUUACUACAGUUUCAGUUUAGUAAAUAAACAGAAUUGAUAUAAUCCAUUUAUAUUUCAAGUUUAUGGGAAAGCUCACUACUCAACACAAUAGUGGUUUUGUUCAUUCUUUCGAAGUGUUGUAUAAUGUAGAGAGCUAUUAAUUGAGUAAGCCUAUUAACUUUCUCUUUAGGUAAUGCCAGUUCCACACUAUUAACCAUUAUGUACCUUGAACGGUUAUUAUUUGUUAUGCAACUAGGUGGGGGUUUUUUUAGUCUAGCUUCUAGAGGAUGGAAUUAUGGGGUUUUUAGUUAUUUUAUAUUGAGUUUUGAUGUAUAAACAUUAAUUAGCAGUCAGUUAGAUCUCAGUAUUAAUUUAUGGUUUCUAGCUUCUCUCAAACCUCUAUUUUAUUACAAUUACUUUACUGAAUAGAUGUAUAUUUUUGUCUCUUUAUUUUGUUAUUUACUGCUCAUUUGUGUUGGAACAUAGCCAUUGUCAGUAAAUGCUUUGGCAGGACUUAGUAUAAGUCAAGUUACAGUUCUGGGAACAUGUGAAAUAACCAGUGCAUCUGUGUGCAUAAAGACUGCACUUCCUUGUAUCAUCAGGAGGGAUAUAUGGUAGUCUUCCUCCCCAUUUUAUCCUCACAACAGUCCUGUGAGAUACAGCAGAUUAGGCUGAAAGUGAGUAACUGGCCAGAGGGCACCCUAUGAGCUUCAUGGCUGAGUGGGGAUUUGAACCCUGGUCUGGCACUCUUAACAACUGUGACACAUUGGCUCUCUUUUAUAUAGCUAUGGUUUUCAGGCAGGCUUUGGCCCAGCAACUAUUUUAUUAAAUAAAGUAAUAAGAGCUCUUGGAAUAUAACUGAUUUGUGGAAAGCCUAUGGCUCUGAGCCAUUUGGGUAGAUGUAAAAACCCCCCAAAAACUUUUUUGAAAAAAUUAGUGCUUAAGGCCCGUAUAAGUGAUUGAUGUUUUUGACCUCUCUCACAACAUGGUAUUAAAUAGAUCUUUUAUUUAGGUUUGUAUAUUAAGCUUUGGUUUUAAUAGCAUCUACAUGAGGAACAUCAGAACCCAAAUUAUGAUAUUUAAAAUUUACUUGCUGACAGUUCCUAGGCGUGUAUCUGCUUCCAAAGAUUUUAUAAUUCAUCACAUCGCCUUGGCUUUUAACAAGACAGGAUAGCACAGUGUAAGUGCAUGGCAUGUAAUUCAUCUUCAUUAAUUUUUCCAAAACUUCAAAGCUUACCAACUAUGCAAUAUAUGAUUUGAAUUUAAUGCAUGCAUGUUUAUGUCUAGAGACAAAUCUGCCAACUUGUGCUAAAAAGAAAACUUUGGAGGCUUAAAGAACGAUUUUAUCCUUGUGUCAUGCCUGCCAGGAAUUAUUCUAUCGUUGCCCAAGUCCCUCUGAGCCAAAAUAGCACAGUGCUAUGCUGGCAGAAAAAAAAAACACAUUGGCAUAGUAGUACCCCUUGCACUACUCAGAUGAGCAGCAGCAUAAGAGAUGUUGUUGUUGUUUAGUCGUGUCUGACUCUUCAUGACCCCAUGCACCAGAGCACGCCAGGCACUCCUGUCUUCCACUGCCUCCCGCAGUUUGGUCAGAUUCAUGUUUGUAGCUUCAAGAACACUGUCCAACCAUCUCAUCCUCUGUCAUCCCCUUCUCCUUGUGCCCUCAAUCUUUCCCAACAUCAGGGUCUUUUCCAGGGAGUCUUCUCAUGAGGUGGCCAAAGUAUUGGAGCCUCAGCUUCACGAUCUGUCCUUCCAGUGAGCACUCAGGGCUGAUUUCCUUAAGAAUGGAUGCGUUUGAUCUUCUUGCAGUCCAUGGGACUCUCAAGAGUCUCCUCCAGCACCAUAAUUCAAAAGCAUCAAUUCUUCGGCGAUCAGCCUUCUUUAUGGUCCAGCUCUCACUUCCAUACAUCACUACCGGGAAAACCAUGGCUUUAACUAUACGGACCUUUGUUGGCAAGGUGAUGUCUCUGCUUUUUAAGAUGCUGUCUAGGUUUACCAUUGCCUUUCUCCCAAGGAGCAGGCGUCUUUUAAUUUCGUGACUGCUGUCUCCAUCUGCAGUGAUCACAGAGCCCAAGAAAGUAAAAUCUCUCACUGCCUCCAUUUCUUCCCCUUCUAUUUGCCAGGAGGUGAUGGGCCCAGUGGCCAUGAUCUUCGUUUUUUUUGAUGUUGAGCUUCAGACCAUAUUUUGCGCUCUCCUCUUUCACCCUCAUUAAAAGCUUCUUUAAUUCCUCCUCACUUUCUGCCAUCAAGGUUGUGUCAUCUGCAUAUCUGAGGUUGUUGAUAUUUCUUCUGGCGAUCUUAAUUCCAGCUUGGGAUUCAUCCAGCCCAGCCUUUCGCAUGAUGAAUUCUGCAUAUAAGUUAAAUAAGCAGGGAGACAAUAUACAGCCUUGUCGUACACCUUUCCCAAUUUUGAACCAGUCAGUUGUUCCAUAUCCAGUUCUAACUGUAGCUUCUUGUCCCACAUAGAGAUUUCUCAGGAGACAGAUGAGGUGAUCAGGCACUCCCAUUUCUUUAAGAACUUGCCAUAGUUUGCUGUGGUCGACACAGUCAAAGGCUUUUGCAUAGUCAAUGAAGCAGAAGUAGAUGUCUUUCUGGAACUCUCUAGCUUUCUCCAUAAUCCAGCGCAUGUUUGCAAUUUGGUCUCUGGUUCCUCUGCCCCUUCGAAAUCCAGCUUGCACUUCUGGGAGUUCUCGGUCCACAUACUGCUUAAGCCUGCCUUGUAGAAUUUUAAGCAUAACCUUGCUAGCGUGUGAAAUGAGUGCAAUUGUGCGGUAGUUUGAGCAUUCUUUGGCACUGCCCUUCUUUGGGAUUGGGAUGUAGACUGAUCUUCUCCAAUCCUCUGGCCACUGCUGAGUUUUCCAAAUUUGCUGGCAUAUUGAGUGUAGCACCUUAACAGCAUCAUCGUUUAAAAUUUUAAAUAGUUCAGCCCAUAAUUCAAAGAGAUACGAAAUACUUAAGUGUAAAUAAUUUACCAACUUUUACAGGAACAAUUCAAUUUUUUCUCAUUGAACUGGAAGGUCAUAUAUUCAUAAUUUCGUUUAUUCAGAGAAAAUGCUACAUGGAUAUAGUUCAAAAUAGCAACAUUCAUAUAGCAACUUCUGUAAAUCUUUGAUUGAACAUCACUGGUACUUUUAUUAUCUAGCGGCAGUGUUUUUCAUCUGUAGUAUAUGUACAUACCUGGCCAGGUAUUAAGAAAUGAUUUGUUGAUAAUAUAAGAAGCUUAUAUCUAAGUAUUGUACUGCUUUUUCUUACAACCUUUUAGUGCUUCUUUCAUGACUAAAACUGUGCCUUGUGGGAAUGAACUUCAUAAAUUUCUGAUCUGGGAUACAGCAGGGCAAGAAAGGGUGAGUAUCAUUUACAUGCUGUGCCUCUUUAUUUUCACUAAAAUAUUGGGAAGUAGAUAUAAUUGAAAAUUACAAUGUCAAUGAGGUGUGGAGCAGACACAAAAGAGUUAAGGUGCUAUGGAGGCAGGGUCAAUCAUUUUUUAAAAAUGUGAUUGGCUGACCGGAAGUGGGGGUAACCUCCUUGCAACUUCCAGUUGUUAACAGGAAAGGCCUGUAAGGGUCAGGGCCACAAUAACUGCAACAAACAAGAGACCAAAAAAGCAGCAGUUUCACGGGCCAUUUACCUGUUUGUGCUUGUUGUUUUUCUAUCCAAUUAGUCAGGACCCUUAUGAGAAGCACAAGGCAGUAUUAUCUGAAAAGAAAGCUUUUUCUUUUUAAAUAAUUUUACUGGGAGGAUUAUGAGGAACCCAGAGUGGUGAAUUGACUUAGCUCAAGGGUGGCCUACAAAGGUUAGCCUACCUUCAGCCACCUGAAUUAUUUUUCUGGUUGUUUACUGACAACUCACACAGUUGCUGUCAAUGACAUCUGGUUAGACUAGCUAUCAAAGAAUUUGUGCUUAGUUUUUGCAAGACCUCCUGGACCCAGGAGCUACCAUACCCCUGCAAGUCAUGGUGAAACUCAGGAGACAGCUUAUCUUUUCUCAGGUCUAAUAAUUAUUAGCACCUCACUCUUACUUCCUACUUCCAUCACCCUCAUUUCCCCAAAUCUCUCUUUCUCUAAAUAGCUUUUCCUCCUGGUGUGUUUAGGCCUCCACUGCAUUUUUCCUGGUUUUCCUACCUUCAAUCCAUAAAAGGCAAUCAGCUUGCCUAAUAGUUUAGGUUUAUGGUCCAGACAAUGUAUGUUUUUCUAUGUUGUUACACCUGACUGUCUUGUUACUUUUAUUUGUGUACUAACACUUAAAGUUGCAAAGCCAUUUCACUCUGUCUGCCAUUUUGUGUUAAUAAGACUUUAAUCACAGUAAAUUGUGUUGGUUCUUGCUCAUUCCCAUAAGAGGACAUUACUGCAUUUCUAAAGUAAUUGUGUCCCUUGCAAUAUUCUGUGGCAUGUGGUUGUCUCCAGUAAAGAUUACUGAAGUGAUUAUUUCUUGAACAUGCACGUAAGAUACAUUUCCAUGUGUAUAGACCAGGGGUCAGCAAACUUUUUCAGCAGGUGGCCGGUCCACUGCCCCUCAGACCUUGUGGGGGGCCGGACUAUAUUUUGGAGGAAAAAAAUUAUGUAAGAGCACCACGAGCCCCGGUGGAUACUUACCUGUGUCUUGUGAGCAGCAGGGGCUAGCAGUGGUGGCGGCGGAGGGACGAUGAGCGGUGCGCCAAAGGGCUCUGGAGAGGGGCUACUUAAAAUGGCAGCCGCUUAAGUGCUGCUGCUACUGGAAAACACUGUUUAGCCCCAUCCUCUGACUUCAUCAAGCGUUGAUCUUAUAUUAUCAUCAUUAUUAUAAUAAUCUUAUAGCUUACUCCAUAAAAUGUGGUGACUUACAAUUGUAAAUAUCACUGCACCCUAAGGGUUAGGGUCUGCGUAGCUCAUUUUCUUUUUCAAAAAAUGAGACCUGAUAUUCACUGGAUCCUGAUGGAGGACAUUCCUUUGAUAGGGAUGACACCUCCUACUGGUGGUGAUAGGCAGGGUCCUGUCUUUUCCCACCUUUCCAGGGGGAGGAACCAGUCUUCUCUUCCCAGACUGACCCUGUCUGGUUGGUAUAGAUUGGGUCCACCAGCGCUCUAUAGGGAUUUGUCUUCCUUUCUUUUCUUCACAGAUUUCUUCAGGGGUGUUUUUGUCAUUCCCCAAAUUAAAUCACAGAUAAAGAAUGAAAAAUGAUUUUUAUAAGAGCUGAACACCAUUCAGUUUUUGUAUAUUUUGCUAUAUAGCAGGGGUAACCAAGGUGGUCCUGGCCACAUAAUCUGUUGCAGUUCACAACAUCUGGAUGGCAAAAUGUUGGCUACUCCUGACGUAGGGCUUCACCUAAAAAUUAUAUUACGGUACUCCUUGAUACUGAGAACUAAGUGUUCCUGUGAGGAGAAACAGGUAAAUACAGAACUUACUUAGGCCAAUAUAUUACUAUUGUGAUUAAGCUACUCAGUUGAACUAAAUCAGUAAAUACACUGAGGAUCACGCUGACAUUACUUUAGUCUUUAUGCUUUAUAAACUUUUUUCCUUUGGAGAUGCAAAGGAAGUUGAAUGGAUAAAUCAAAUAGUAUUGAAGAGACUGGUAUAUAUUGUCAAGUAUACAUUCUCUCUCUCUUACUUAUUUUAAUAAAACCUAUUUCCAAGUAAGUGUUUCAUAAGUUUAACCAUUUGCUUUUUUACUCAGAAGUAACUCCCACUGAAUUCAGUGGAACUUAUAGGACUACAAAGUUGUAGUUCCUAAGUUUCUCUGGAACUAAAGUUCCUAUCUGUUACUGUUUUAUAGAAAGAAUGUAUUUAAUCUGUUUUUUUUUUAGUGUGGAUUAAUAUUUUCCACACAGUUUUCACCAGCUGGGAAUGUUAGCUAUUUCCUACCCCCCCCCCCCGCACCUCUCUUAUGAACCAAGCAGCUUUUCUUUCAUGAUAAUGUGCUUGACAUUUUUAGUUUUUUGAAAACAGACUUUAAAUUCAUAAACCAAUUCUUCUCCAUGCUGCUAUUACGUUUCUAACCCCUAGCUUUCCCAACAUAGAGAUGUGGAUUCAAGUGUGCCUUUCUGUACAUGGAAGGUGUCUGUUGCUGACACUAGGAGUGCUUUACAUCUCCUGUUAGAGCGUUGUGAGAUAAAAUGGAACUAAGUCUUCAGUCCUAGGUGCAACUCCCACUGAAUCUCUGUGGAUUUACUUCUGAGUAGACAUGUGUGGAAUUGUGCUGCAGAUUCCAAAUAUGUUCUUCAAUUUGCACAAGUAAAAGCGUAAAAAUUGCUAAAAGGUGGUUUGUGAAAUACUGCUUGCAGCUAUUUUCCUUUUGCUCAUGGCUUUUUGGAUCUGCAUAGUCCAUGCCUUAUAAAAAAAAUCUAGUAUUGCCCACAGGAGGGGUCUCUAGACAAAAAGUUGCACAAGUAAUUCUUUGAUGUCUCUUUAGAGUAGAAUAAUUGUAGUUCAUAUUUUGAAGUUCAUCCACACAAACUCGAGCACAACAAAUGUAUUAUAUACCCAGACUAUUGUAACCCUUUGUUUACUUGUAAUUUUGUCCCUUUCUAUCUUGGAAUAAAUCUUUGUGCACUUUUCCUACUACAUGUCUCUUGUUUUUCUUUGAUGCUUGAUAAACACUGAAUCUACAUGAUUACAUCCAUAGACCUUUAUUAAUUCUUAAGAGGGUCUCUUCUCCAGAGAGUAGUUGGAAGUGGGGAGGCAGAAAAAGGUUCACCUUUCCUUCCACUCUGCAGUUUUAAUCUGAAAUCUUAGGCACAGUACUGCACCCCGAGCUCAGAAACUGCUCGCACUAAUGAAAUUCCCUGUCGCAAAAUUCACCUGGAACAAUGGGAGUUUCAAACAUUGACAGAAAUACUUUCAAGGCUUAUUCAUAGAGGUCUGUUCUUGAAAUGUGACUGGUAAGUAGUGGAAAGUAAAGUGCUUUUAAAUAAUUCACUGUUCCUUUAAGAGCAAUCAUCCUCUUGAAAGCUAUGGUAAAACCUGUAUUGAUUUGUUCUUCCCUCUGAUGCACAAAUCCAGUAGUAGAGUCCUUGUGAGAAAAAAAUCAUAGACAACCAAUGAACAUCCCUGCUGCAUAGGCAAGUUCUGCUUUGUGCAGUAUGUAGGUUGAUGGAAAUGUAUGAAAUGGUCACUGUGCCUGGGCCCAUCUACAGCUAUGGGCUUGUUGGUUCCUAACAACUGAAGCUUGUUCAUUUUGGUAUAUUAAUUCAUUACUGCUUUCAGGAUCCAUUUCUUUUUAAUCACACUUCGUAAAACAGAUUCUCUUACUUCCCUGGGACCCACAUAAAUCCAACAUCUUUUCUAUCCAUUUUAUGCAUCUUUGCAGGUUCUCAAACUCAAUUCAACCUACACAACUCACUAGUGUUUAAGGUACCCCAGGACUAUUUAUGGAGCAAGUUUGUUUAUUUCAUAUAUACUACUUGAUUGUAAAAAAAACCCCAAAGCUGUUUACAAAAGGGAUAAAACAAUAAUAUCAGUAGAAGAAACAAUGAAAACAUUCAAAAAAUCAAAACCAAUAAUAAACUAAAAGCAUAUCAGUUGAGUAGUAUGAGAGUUAACUGCAAUAACAAAAGUAGGCACAGCUCCUUCCUCCAGCUUGGAAGACAUUGCUGCACCCUUCAUUUACCUGAUACUCUCUGCUUUGUGGGAGGGAGGGCACAAUAAGAUGAAGGGAAAGUUGGCAUUCAAGCCAAGCCAGCCUUCCAUGCCUGUUUGAAUAGUUGUGUGAUAGAGACAACUGGAUUCUAAGUAUAUGAAGUAUGAUUGGUCUCUUCUCUUGCUAUCUUUUUGUCAGUUACUAAAUACUGUUUUAUUUUGGCAGGCCUUUGUUGUAUGUGGCAGAUCUUGUUUUUAUGAUUGGCUUUAGUUACUGAUCCUGUCUCCUUGGCUAAUUGUUUGUUUAAUUUCUUUUUAUAUUUAUCCAGACAUUUAUAUUCCGCUGUAAAAGCACCAGUCAGCUUACAACAUGUAAAAUUAUAAUUUAAUAAAAACAACACUAUAAAACAAUCAAAGCUAGCUGCUUUUCACAUGAGCAACUAUAGGGAUGUAAGGCUUGUGGAAUGGUAAGAGAUUUGGACAAGUAAUCUCUGGUUUUCUACUUCUCAAAUAAAAAGGGAUGGGAAAGCAAUCAAAGAUGAUCAAAAUGGAUAAUAGGGAACAAAGAAAACUUUGGGGUGACUUGGAGGAGGUAACCUUUACUAUGCCAGCAGCAGCUGCAGCCAUUUUAAAAAAUGCUUUCUAAAAGUGUACAAAAGAAACAAGCAGUCCAAGUCAUUUGAAAAGCAUUCUACAGGAAAAAGCCCUACCAGUUCAGACUACAGACUGUGGAAAAGUUUACGACAUUAGAGGAUUUCAUCCAGCUAUAGGAGUACAGUGCUGGAAGUGUAUAUUUUUGCUAUCAUAUUUUAUACCCAGAUGGAACAAGAAGCAGACCAGUUUUUCUUCGGCUGCCCAUUUUGUAAAGACGAUGAUCUUCCCUGGAGAAUAAACUUAACUAUUUAUGAGACAACAUUAAUUUUAAAGUAGUUUGAGGAGCCGAUGUCACACCUCUUUCAGAGGAGACCUGUAACAGUCCCCUAUCUGAACCUGCAUAAGGCAGAAACCAUUUCACAUAGACCAGAGGCUUUCCUCCACUCCAUUGAAUGUUGUGCCACACAAACAAGCUACAAAGAGGAGCAGUUUGUGUUCACUGUGCUUUUCAGGAUUGGCUAACCUGUUUCACCUCAGAUGCUCAGCUCCUAUUAGACCCAGCCUUAUUGCCAAUACAAUGGACAUUGUAGUCCAACAACAGCUGGAAAGCCACAGGUUAAUCACCCUGGUGAAUGCCUUGCUACGUUAUACCUGGAUUAUCGCCUCAGUCAUGGAGUAGUAGCCAGAAUGGUAUUACUGACAACAUGGGAGAAACUGAAGGAAAGUUUCAAGACUGGUCUAGUAAAAAGAGAUCCUAUGCACACUUCACCACUGGCAUCCAGAAAUGCCUUAUUUAAUUCCAAAUGGCUAAUCAUGGAGAUCAAGAACUUUGAGAAACCUUAUACUAUAUUGGAUCAGCAUUCCAUUGCUUCGGAGAUGACUAGAAAGAACUUUGCUGACCAUGAACAAAUGGGUGAAUUGGAAGACUUAUUCCAGACCUUAUGGUCUAACCAGAUGGUUUGAGCAAAUCUUACCCUGUAACUACUGCAGAAGAAAUAGAUCAGCACAACAGAAGGAACUUUAAUCACUGCCCAGUAGACCUUGUGAAAGGCUAGCAGCUGACCUUUGUCAACUGAGAGACUGAUAUUAUUUGGAUGUCAUGGGCCAUUUCAGUGGCCUGUACUUGAUAUUACCUGCUGCAUCAUCAUUGUUGCACAACUGAAGAAUUAAUAUUUUUGGUUGCUUUGGGAUAUACCUGAGUGAAGCCAAUGCUAUUCUAGUUUUGUUUGAGAGAAACAGAAUUUUUGACCCGGUUUCAACUAGUGUAUCCUCAGAGUUUGUAAUAGGCCUGUAGUAAGACUUUUCCUGGGCACAGGGCAGUAUUAUGGAUUUCCAGUACCUAUAUGCUACUGGACUAAGGGUUUCGGAGAAAAGUAAUACACAGUUUUCUUGGAUUUAAAAAAGAAGAGGAACGUUUUUAUUCAACCUUCCAUAUUCUUUUAUAAUUGUAAAGCCAACAGAGCAAAAAUCUGAAUUCUUUUUUCAUAGGGUGUAUAGUUCUUCAAAGGCAUGCUGUGAAAACAGCCAUGCUUUUGAAAAGCACAUGCCUUAAUACAUGUUUUUCAUUAUCCACAGGGUGCCAGAUAUUACUGUGUUAAUAAAACAGCCAUUGUGAGGAAAUACAGUAUUUUUUUUUCUUUCAAAGGAGAGUUUCUAAUGAGAAGUCACAUGAAAUCAUAUGCAUUCCCGCUGGAUUAAAUCUCAGAUGCCUAGCAUUCCAGAAAAUUAGCUACAUUUCUUUUGCAAACUUGAAACUAAUCACCCAAAGUUGGAAGACUUAAUGUUUGCUCAGACAUCAUAGUAAGAAAAGGAAUGAAGAAACAAAGCUCCAAAUAUUCUUCCUGCCCCAUUCCAGUUCCUUGCCUACCUGAGCCCAUGAUGUUGGAAUGGAAUUCUUUAGCUUGCUCCAAACAGCUUGAAAAUUAACUCCGUGUCUGCUAGAGCUUCAGGGCAAGAAUCCAGUUGCCCCUUCUACUGCUGCUAUUCUAGGUAUCUGCUAAUGGGAGAGGAAGGAAGACAAUCUGGAGGGGACAAAAUGUUUUAUGAAGAGGAGACCACACAGACAGGAUGUAAAACAAGUCCUUCAAUAUAAAGCAGCUCACUCUGCAAGCCAGAGAGUCAAUACACUUCCCCCUUCCCUUCCCAUCCCAGUCUCAUAGUCCUGAAGAUACCAGGAGCAGGCUCUGCUGCAGGUUAAUAGACAGCAGUCAUGCACUGGAGAAGAUGGUGUGCCACCUAGCCACUCAUUUGACUGAUUUAUGCUGGUUCUUGUCAGGAUCCAGACAUGAAUGCUCUUCCCUAGCUUCUGGAACAAGUCACUGGCUUAUUGUUUCUUGCCACUUGAGCAAACUGGAGUUGACCUGGUACAGAAUGUUCCUGUAGUUUUUUUAACUAUUUCACAGAACUUUGGUUGGCCUGUACCAGAGUACGUGCAUUCAUUAUUCUAGCUUAGUAGAUUUAAAACACUGUAUUUUUAUGUGAUUUUAAUAACAACACAUUAAUGCAACAGUGAGUCACAAGGCAUACUGAUUAAAGAAGCUAGAGCAAUCAUAGUGUCUUUUGUUGACUUACAAAAAUGCAAGAACUUUAACUACUUUUUUCUUCUGUUUCUGUGUUCAUUUUUUAAUAGUUCCAUUCAUUGGCACCAAUGUAUUACCGUGGGUCAGCAGCAGCUGUUAUAGUAUAUGAUAUCACCAAGCAGGUAAGCUUUCAAAUCUCAGUUGUUCCAUCAGGGGCGGACCUUGGUUCUUCAGAUUUCAGUGGUGUGAGGCACCCCCCUCGCCCACAUUACAUUCUGCUCAAUUCACUACCUCAUAGUUGUGAUACCCUGUGACACCUCCUGGGCUCAGCGCCCAGUGUGGCAGAACUGGUUGUGGUGCCCUAAACCCGCCUCUGGUUCCAUCACUGGUAUGUAGGUUACUCAGCAAUUCACUUUCAAGUGGUCAUAGUGUGAGUGUUCCCUGUGCCUUCUGCUAAUAUUAUACUGUGUUCGCUUAGUCUUGCAAGUUGGUAGUAUUUUCCUUAGUUCAGUGAUGGCCAAACUUGGCCCUCCAGCUGUUUUGGGACUACAACUCCCAUCAUGCCUAGCUAACAGAACCAGGCAUGAUGGGAAUUGUAGUCCCAAAACAGCUGGAGGGCCAAGUUUGGCCAUCACUGCCUUAGUUAGUCAAUGUGUUCCUGCAUUCUGGAUAUGACUUCCAGAUGUUUCCAUCAGCCUCAGCCAGCAUUGCCAGUGGUCGGGAAUGGUACUUGUGUUCCCAGGCUCUACAGCCCUCCAACAUCCCAAAUUUAUAAUUAAGAACCAAACAAGACACAAUACUUCUGGGUGAAAUAAGGCCACAACUUUAUAGAUUACAGAUGUAAGAGGUUUGACAUAGGUAUUGGGUAUAACUACCACCCCAUGUGCUGGCAAUAUUACCAAAGGGGUCAGCCCUGAGGCAGAGAGGACCUAUGACUUACAUCAAAUAGGAUUGUCUCCAUGGGAUCGCCAUCUUAAGGGGUGCUGUUGCCAUUGCCCCUGCCUGAGCGUCUAGACAGAACCAGAACUCUUUACCAGGAUACCCACUUUUCUUGGAGGGGCAGGCCAAGGCCUACAACCUUCCCUCCAACCAAGACUAAGGCCAACCCAAUGUCAAACCACCAAAGUUGUGACAAUUGCUAUGAGGUAGGCAUAACCUUCAGACUGAGCCAAUUUGUUUGAAGGAAAAUCCCCACCCAACCUUGAAUACGGCAACCAACGAUGUCCAUAGCAAGGUAAAGUAGAUAAACAACAGUAGACUAAAACAAGGGAAGGAUGGGCAUGAGAUCCGACAAGGAACUGUGUAUGGAUCAGGUGGCAGGACUCUUUAAAUAGUCAGAGGCAGACCCAAGUGAAGCCUGCUGGCUCAGUUGAGCCCGCCCUCUGGAGAAAGCCUGUCUCUUGGCCUGCUAGCCAUUGGCCAAUUUGGCUGGCAAGCCUCCCAGCUGGUGAGGAAGACCAUUUAGGCUCCCCAACCCCACCCCGGUCAGAAAACCUCCAUUAAGAGCACUGCCACAUUGUAUUGUGUAGGGGGAAGUGGUGGCCGGUUCACAACACCUCCACACCCAUAAGUAAGGUAAGCAGACAUGUAGCUCUAAACAGCUGGAGGGCAUCAGGCUAGAGAAGGCUGGUGUAUUCAGUGGGGCUUACUCCUCACACUGACAUUCCCAUACCUGCAGUGGUAUAGGAAAAUUAGUACCUAAAAAUAUGGCAUAUUUUCUAAAAAUACAGAAAUAUAUACAUUUUAUUUUGUGCAAUUUGUAUUUGCUUGGAUAUUUUUUAUUAUUUUUUUUUUUAAUAAUAUUUAUUAAUUUUCAACCGUUUAAACACAACAAAAUAGACAAAACACACAAAAAAAGCAUAACAAAAUAAGACACAAACCAUUUAACAUACAAAACAAUUUCAAUAUCUUAUCUUUCAUUCCCUUAUUUCCAUGACCUCCUCACACCUCCCUUUUUGUAUUCCACUUCUAUUAAUUGUUUCAGCAAUUCCUUUCCAUCUUCCUCUGUUUCUAUCCUAUAAUUAUCUUAACAUAUUUUGACCUUAUUUUUCUCUUUAAUACUCUAUUAAUCUAUUUAUACUUAAUUCCUUAUAGCAUUUCUACUAGAGCCAUAUAACUUCAUUCCAACAUUUUUCUUACAUUCAUUAUUUUUACAAUAUUUCUAUAAAUAGUCCUAAACUUUUUCCAGUCUUCUUCCACCGACUCUUCUCCCUGGUCUCGGAUUUCUGCCAGUCGUUUCCGCCAAUUCCAUAUAGUCCAUCAACUUCAUCUGCCAUUCUUCCCGAAUAGAUAAAUCUUGUGUCUUCCAGUACUUCACAAUGAAUAUUCUUGCUGCUAUUGUUGCAUACAUGGAAAAAGUUCUAUUCUUCUUUAACACCAAUUGGCCGACCAUGCCCAGGAGAAAGGCCUCUGGCUUCUUCAAGAGGGUAUAUUUAAAUGCCCUUUUCAUUUCGUUAUAAAUCAUCUCCCAAAGUGUCUUAAUCCUUGGGCAUGUCCACCAAAAGUGAACUCUAAUCCUCAAAUUCGUCUGUUCUUCUUUAAGUUCAGUCAUAGCAAGCAUCAACUUAUGUUCAUCAAAUUGCCUCUGUAGGGCUGGGGCUCUCUUUCUCUUUCUCUCCAGUUGUGUUAUUUUACAUUCAGCAACAACAGCUUUUUCCCUGGCUUCCUCCGUGGUUUGCCGUGUCAAAGUAGGUUCCUGUAUCAAUUUCUGGGUGGUUUCUGUAUUGGUAUUAUUUAUACUUUCUGUAUUUAGGUUGAUUUUAGUAAUUGAAACAUCCAUUUUCGCAUUUAUCAUGUCCAUUUUCCUGUUAAGCUGAUCCAAUGAGUCAUUUAUCUUAUAAAAUGCAGCCACUAAAGCCUCUUCUGUCGACAUUCUUCUUGGUUUUAAAUAUGCUGGUACAAAGGCAGCAACAGAAGGCACAGGGGGGCCUGAUGAUGAACCUCUUCUGGAUUGUUGCCAAGUCCUCUCAGACCUUAAUGUUUUGUCAGCAGUUGACUGGCCUGUUUUUCCUCUUCCAUUUACCACAACACUUAAAAGAUUCAAGGUCAGUCCCAGAGUCUCAUGGUUUUUAACUUGCAGCUGGAAAUUCUCCUAUCCCAGCUCUUGUAAAACAACCGGUUUCAAAAGCUUCCACUAGGGGGAAACUGUUUCUAUUUGUAAUAGUCAAUAGUAUCCUCUUUUCAACAAUCCAAAAUUAGUUUCAAAUUUGUUUCAAUUUUCAGUACUUUUACUCCUUUUUAAAGCAGCCGGAGACAGUAGAAACAAUGUAUUUCUCUUGUUUAACUAGCUGUCAAUGAACGUUCUAAACGCUGUCAAUGAACAUUCCAAAAGACGUCAGUCCUACUAGCAGCCCGUUUCCAGGGUCAGAGCGGCGGUGUUUUAAGUCUCUUCACUCUCUCCCACAGGCAUAAUCAAUCCACAACUUCCCCCUCUCUUCUCCUGCCUCCAAGAGGGGGUUUAAUAUUCUUUAUUGAUGGAAAUUUAAUCUUUUACAAAAGACUUUCCAGGACUCCAGCUUGCAACUUCAUUGCCUCAGUCUAUUUACAAAAAGGGAAGGCGGACUUCCUGUUUUGAACCUCCCCGUUGUGAUACCAAAUUAAACAUUUAGAAAUCCAAUUCUUCCGUUUCAGAUCUACUCACGAGUAAUUACUUUAAAGUCAAAUUGUCCACAGGAAAAGGUCAGCGCUCUCCGGCAACAGCUAUGCGGCUUCGCUCCGUGGAAGAAGCAGACGAUUCGAUGCACCGCGCCACUCACCCCACGUCGCUCCGGAGCCCCAAAAACCGGGGUUCCCCGCGAGUGGGGGAGGCGCAAAGGUGCCCGCUGAAUCCCACGCUCACAGGCUUCUCCCGCCUGUGAUUUUAACGGGUCUCCGCCUUCGCCGUGGCGGCCAGACCCAGAUUCCCACGGAGCAGAUUCCUCCCGGUCAGAGGAAUUCCGCCAUUGCCGGAGGCACCUCCCCGGAAGUUUGCUCGGAUAUUUUUAAACUGUUCCAAAACAGUUCAGCUAAGUAAAUGAAGUAAUAACAAAAUUGGCUCCAUAUUUAUAGCUGAAAUUAAAAUUACGUAACAACAAGUCUUUGGUUUUUGACAGAUUACUGAGAUUGGGAAGUCAGUGUGGUCAGGACGUUCUCUGCUAUAACAUACAAAUGGAAAGCUGCACAUUUUCAAGGCCAAAUUAUGUAUUUGUAUUUUAGUAAGAAACCCAUCUGCUAGUGCUGUGUAACAGGAAAGGCAUUAAUGAGUGAAUAUAAUAGCUUGCCUGCAGUUUACAUAUUUAGCAAAUUGAAUUACAUAUUUGAUUUUAGCUCAGAAGUGUUGGCACAAUUAAUUGGUAUAUUAGCAAAAUUAUUUAUCAAGGGCUAACACCUUCCUGCGUAGUGGUAGUGAACUUGAAUGAAGUGUUGGGGAGCUAUGGAGGAAAGAUAAUGCACUCAAUGCAAAUAAAAAAUCCCAUUAAUUUCAUACUAAAUGGAUAUUUACCUUUAAACUAAACAACGGUGAUUACAAAGGCCAUAAUCUAGUAUGGUGCCUUAGGGGUGCAUAAAUUGACUUGUCAGACAUUUAUUACCAGAAACGACAAAUCCCAAGCUCUCUUGUCUUGCUGUUCUCCUACUUUCUCACUCUGAGGAGUAAGUAACAUCUAAUCCAGGUGGUACAGUGAUUUUCAAUAACAGUGUCUUUAUUCAUAUAUAUAUAGAGAGAGAGAGAGAGAGAGAGAGAGUUUUCUUGGUUCACAAAGGUAUGCACAAUGUCUCUUUUUUCAAGUUACAUUUUCCAUAGGUCAGUUUCAUUUGUUGAGACAUUAGGGUUACAUUAGGAAGAAAAAACGGGGGAAGAGGUGGAGGGGGCCAUGGUGGGUGGGGGUGGGGUCGGGAGGCGAUAUUUCUGUUUUGCUUAAUGUAUGUGUGGGGUUUUUUGUCAGUGUCAUUUGUGCAGCUUCUCUUUGCUAUUCUGUUGUGUUCUUUGGUGAGAGAAAUUGUGGUUGGCCUAGGGUGCGGUUGCUUGUGUUUGAUUGGCUGUGUUGAACUUUGUUUUCGUGUGUGAGUGGGGUCAGUGGGAAUUUUUAAAUCAGAUUAGCCAUAUUGAUUCAUAUGCUGUUGGUGGAUUCUUGUCAUUGUCUUGUUGGGCUGUGUAUGUGAUGAAGGGUAUCGUCUUCUAUUUGUCCCCGUGUCAGUUUCAGUUUAUCUGUUAUUUUUUCUAGUAGGGCUGUUUCCCAUACUAUUUGGUACCAUUGGUCCAUGCUUACUCUUGACAGGUCUCUUCAGUGUCUUGCUAUGAUGUUUCUGGUUGCUAAGAGUAGAUGGGUUACGAGUUCUUUGUGAUAUGAGUGGGCAUUAUUGUCUUGGAAUAUAUUUAGGUGUCUUCCUAUAUUGACUCUAUUGGCUUUUUUAUCCUUGGAAAUGGUAGAACAUGACACCAGAGAUAUUGCAUUCAAAUAAAUGGUAUGGUAGAUAAUUGAUUUAUCUCCAUGGGGGAAGAGUCAUGCAUACCCAGAUCAGGUUGUUUAAAAGGCCAAGAACUUUAUGCGUCCACUAAAAUACGUAACCCCCAAUUUCACAUGGUUUUGAGUCAUUUUGACGCAGACUGGUUUUGCAUCUUCCCAAGCUUCCAAAGGCCUCCUGGGCAAACAGAAUUAGUCAUAGAGCUGUAGACUAUGAUCAAAAUAUGUUUGAAAAUUAAAAUGAAUAGUUUUACAAAGAAGGAUUAAAUGGUAUUAAUAGCAAGGAAUUCUCGGGAGAAAAAAAUGAAAACCAUGCUAUUGCCAAAGAAGCAAGUAUUUGUGUGCAGCACAGAAAUAUAAGAGCACCCAAUUUUUUUUUUAAUUUUUAAUUAAAGUUUAAAUUAUUGUAUAUUUAAUUUUAAAUAUCCUAUAUUUGCUUGUUAAUGUAUUCAUAUUUGGCCUGAUGUGGGUUAUAUUUUAUUUUGCACGUGGAAUUAGGAGGUAGAAAGACUGUACAGUGGUACCUCGGGUUAAGAACUUAAUUCGUUCCCGAGGUCCGUUCUUAACCUGAAACUGUUCUUAACCUGAAGCACCACUUUAGCUAAAGGGGCCUCCCACUGCUGCUGCGCUACCGCCGCACGAUUUCUGUUCUCAUCCUGAAGCAAAGUUCUUAACCGGAGGUACUAUUUCUGGGUUAGCGGAGUCUGUAACCUGAAGCAUCUGUAACCUAAAGCAUCUGUAACCCGAGGUACCACUGUAUUUCAUAAAUAGUUCCCCCUCAGACAACACUUGGUACUUAAGUAUCAAAUAUACCAAUGCCACAACAGUUCUAAAUUAUGCAAUCCCAGUCCUUUAAAAUUCACCAAAGCAGGGACUUGAUUUCCCCCCCUGCAUUCAGUUUCCAUGUGUCUUUAAAGGGAGAUUACUGAAUUAACCAUGCUUGUGUCCUUUAUAACUGCUGCCACAAAUAGGUACUUCUGUAAUUAGGUGUGAGCAGAUUGUUUGAGAAGCCACAAUUGGACAUACUGUUCUCUCAAAAGCUGGUUUAGUUAGAUAUAGGUUAACAUCAGAUGCAAGUUAAAGUUUAUAUUUGUUAAGGGCACUGAUAAUAUCUUAUCUAGUACUUUGGUAUCCUUAUGUCAUUACAGGGUUCAGUAUAUUGAUGCAUUUAGCAACUUCCUGUUAAUAGGCUCUUGUAUUUAAUUUAGGAUUCAUUUCAUACACUGAAAAAAUGGGUAAAAGAACUAAAAGAACAUGGUCCUGAAAACAUUGUAAUGGCCAUCGCUGGAAACAAAUGUGAUCUUUCUGAUAUUAGGUAAAGUAUUGACCUUUUGUCUUCAAAUUGCUUGUUCUUGCCUCUUUCCCCCCCUACAAUAUCCCUGUGAUAUUGAGUGGCAUAUAUGCUUGAUUGCACUGGCACAAAGUCAUAUCAAGCCAAUAAACAACAUAUAUGGAUUUCUGUUUUCCUUUUAUCAGCCUUUUGGUCAUCGAUCCUAAGUGUUUGAUAUCAGACGGUUUUUCUCAGUAUCAUAGAGAAAUUCCUCUUCAUAGUUUAUUCACUUGAUGAAAAUACCAUUUUGUUAAGGCUGAUAUAAAUAGUGCAAGUUUAUUGGAUUGGUUUAAAAUUAAUUGGAAAGUUUAUUGGAAUGGUUUAAAACAGCUCUGCUUUUCAAUAAACAUCGUUGUCCUCUUAAAUAUAGUGACACCUUGAGUUAAGAACUUAAUUCAUUCUGGAGGUCCGUUCUUAACCUGAAACCGUUCUUAACCUGAGGUACCACUUUAGCUAAUGGGGCCUUGCGCUGCCGUUGCACAAUUUCUGUUCUUAUCCUGAAGCAAAGUUCUUAACCCGAGGUACUAUUUCUGUGUUAGUGAAGUCUGUAACCUGAAGCGUCUGUAACCUGAGGUACCACUGUAUGACGGGACGGGUAGGGCCCAGUGCCCCUGCCCCUAUUGGCCUUGCGGACAAGGCCUACCCCAAAUGGUGGGUCUGGCAAUGCCAGAGGAGGCUGUGCCUGAGUGACAAUCCCUUCCCCUGGCCCACAGGGAGAUGGUGGAUGCCAUCCCCAGAACCAGCCGUGGCUGUACUUUCCAGACAUGGGUCUAAGCACUUUUGUCUUUGCCCCACCAUUCCCUUGGAAAACUUGCUCUAAAUGGGAGGGAAUGAAUCAAUUCAGAGAAAACCCAAUUGAUGUUUGCUCCAAUUCAGCUGUAAAGAUGUGGUUUGCCAAGAGGAGGGGGAGAGGUAGGGCAAGCAAAAGUGUGGAUGAACCCCAAGUGUCCUGUGGAAGCUAUGCCCGUCCCUGUAAAUUAGGGGUGGGGAACCUUCUUAGAACCAUGGACCAGAUCUGACAGGUAGGUGGGACUGCCCAUCUGUCAUUAUGUUAUCACAGGAUCCCUUAAGCAGCUGACUUGGGCAAGUGCAAGGGAGCUCUCUUUGCCUCAUGCUGCUCCUUUAAACUCCUGAAGUCAGAGGCUUAAAGGAGGAAUGUGGGGAAGCUUGCAACGAGUAGCACAAGGAGGGGAGAAGUGUUUUCCAUUGAGUAUAAACUGUUUUCCUUUCCUAGAGUAAUGCAGGUUAUGAUAAGGAACACUUUAAUUCGAGCAGCUACUUCCUAUGUUUUUGGAUUCACAGCAGUUUAAUUUCAAUUUUUAAUUUUAGGGAGGUACCUAUGAAAGAUGCCAAAGAAUAUGGAGAGUCUAUAGGUGCAAUUGUUGUUGAAACGAGUGCCAAGCAUGCAAUUAACAUUGAAGAACUCUUUCAAGGAAUCAGUAAGUAAAGUGAGAAUAUUUGUGUCUGUAAAAAAGCAACAACUUCAAGUUGCUUAGUAUUUUUAUUUUUUUUACAUAUAGAAUAUUUUAUUGAUUUGUAGUAAAAUAACCAAUCAUUUUCAACAAAACCUAUAUAAUGUUACAUACUUAUAUCAUUAACAUAUAAAAAUAAAAGUUGAGUAGGGACACUGUCAAAUGACUGAAUCAUUCAAUGCAUUGUCAAGACUUCAGCUAUCCAUGACAUAGGCUAUCCAUAAGUAAGCAUGAGUAGCUGGAGGCCUUGUGAAAAACAUUGCAUUUCUCAUUUCUGUUUUUAUGGAAUGACAAUAAAGGUGUUAGCAGCUGUUUAGAAAUAAAAAUAAUUUCAGAGAAUAUAGGUUUAGAUAACUUUUGAAAAAAAUGAGUGCAUGUCUUCUUCUUUGGCAAUCACUCGUAGCCGAGUAAGAUUGUCUUCCAUAAACACGGUUUUAACAGUGAGCCCGUAAGUGACUGUGGAUGCCAAUUCUGGAUCCACAGUGGGGACAUUGGUUUCUGGGCGGGAGUUGUUUCUCCCGUUCGUCCUGAGUUCUUCAAAGCCCAUGACACCUUUGGUAAAGGCUGUUCUCCAGUUGGAGUGCUUGCAGGUCAGUGUUUCCCAGUUGUCAGUGUUUAUACUACUUUUUAAAAAAAACAUUUGCCAUGAGGGAGUCUUUAAACCUCUUUUGUUGACCACCAGCAUUAUGCCUUCCAUUUUUAAGUUAAGAACUUAUGAGUUAAGUUUAACUUUGAACUUAUGAGUGGAUGUACAAUACUCAUAACAGGAGCAUCAUAUACAUUUACCAUCGACAUUAGUAACAUCUGAAAUAUUUUUGAAAGUAUUUGCCUGAUUAAAACUAUACCUGCAUAGUCAAGAGAAUAUAUAUUAUAGCCCUAUAUUUCCUUAGUAUUACAGAACUGACGUUCCAGAUAAAGACCUAAGGGACUUGUGAAGGAUUUGCAGCUGCUGCUGUUUUAUGUCUAACUGUGCCACCACUAACUAAAUAAAUCCACCAAUAUUACAUUAUUUUUAGUCUGCUGCUGAGAAGAGAUAAUUCAAUAUGUGUGAGGAGCCUUAUGGCUGUAAUCCUUAAUGACACUGAUAUAGCAACCAAAAAUAGCUGCCUACAUUUUUCUUCGGCUGAAGUAUAUGCUACUUAUUUAUUAUUAUAUUUGAUACAUUUAUAUCUCCUAUUUCCUUCAAGGACCUUCACAGUAAUCCUAGGAGAUAGGACAGGCUGAGAAAGAGUUGCUUGGCCAAGGCCACCCAGUGAGUUUAAUGCUGAGCAGGGAUUUGAAGCUGGAUUCCCCAUCUACUCUUAAUCCAUUGCAACAUGCUAGCUGUUUCUUAGGAAGUUAUAUUUAUUUUAAUUUAUCAUAAACAUUUGUAUAGUUGCUGUGGUGAUUGCUCCAUUUUGCAUAGACAAGCUUGGCCUAUCUUAACACAGCAGGCUCUGACAGGUAGAACUUGAUAGCCAGCUAGCAUGAUUUCCCAGGCAUAAGCAACCCCUCACACAAGCGGGUAUGACAUUGAUUUUUCUAAUUCUCAUCCUCCUCUAUCUCCUUUUUCCUAUUCAUUUAUACUUUGGAAGAAGGACAAAAAGGAACUUAUUCUUCUGGAAGCUUCGGUCAGUUUAGGACAUAAGCUCUAGCAGGUUAGAUACAAGCAGUGGUGUGACUGAGCAACUCAGGGCUAGCUAUUGUUAAUUGAAUUUAUAUUGUGCCCUUCCACCAAAGGAACCCGGGAUGGUUAUAUUAAGGGGAUGAAGCCUUCCUCUCCACUUCCAUAACACAUAGUUUCACCUCUUUACCUGUAGCUAUUUGCUGUCCUUGUGCUCUCAUGUGGUGCGCCACUACUCUCACUAUGGCACAUUGUUUCCUGGUACAUGGGUGUUUCCUUCUCAAAGGAGAGCAGUUGUAAGGCUAGCCUUUUUUUACCCUUCUCAGGUAAAAAAACACCUCAGGUUUUAGAAAGGUAAAUCUACUCAAAACUUUGAGUAGGGUUUUUGAGGGCUGAGUCACAUGAAUACUCUGCCACUAACAUAAAUGUUAGAAGCCUGAUCUUUGCUAUUGAAAACACCUCUGACAUCCAGGAGACUUAUACUGACUGGCAAAGAAUGUGAAAAGGGAUAUGGCUAGUCUCCUAGGGGGCACGAGAAUCAGUGGCAGAUGCCGAUGUCUGAAAUUGGACAAGUCUGACAAGAAGACACUAUCAAUCAAUAUAUGUCAGUGGGUAUAGCUCAUUCAGAAGCUGACUUAGAACAGAGCCAUCUUAUCUUCUCUAAAGAGUGGCUGCUGACUUGCGUAGUAAAAUAUAAUUUCAUCUGCUUGUCUAUUACAACUCUCUGUGAUUCAUUAAAUUUGGCCUGAUUAUAGGAAUUGCAGUCUUAAGACUGCAGCAUUGCUGUACAGUAUUCCCCUCCCUGCAACAGCUACCCAUUGGGAAAGCUUCCCAUAAAAGACAUUUCAAUAUGGUUUCAAAUAGAAUUCCUUAAGGGGAAGGUGAUUUUUGUUUGGAUUUUAUCCUAAAGUAAUUCUGGCACUGAUUAGAGCAGCUGCUUCGCAUACCUUCCACUAUGUGCCCACCUCCUCUGCCCAGAUUAUGAAGAAUUCCUUUAGAAGUUUGUGACAAUAUGCUGCAUGUUCAUGCUUCCAUAGCAAACAAAGGGUGACAUAUAAAAAGUGGACUUCACAAACAAUAGAAGUUUAAACAAAGAGAAGCAAAACUGAGAAGAUGCCAUAAUUUAGCACUAUGUGACUAUCAAAGCUCUCAGAUUUGUAAGGGCAAUAAUAUAUGAAAAGAACAUAUAAGCCUGCUCUCCGCCCCUGCCCCCCGGAACAAGAGGCUACCACAGCUAAUUUCAUCUAUGAUUUCAGUGCAAUAUAGUACAUUUGAUCUGUCAGCUUGAAGUGUACUUUAUUAUGGAAAGAUUAGACCUGAACUUCACUUAUGAUAAACUCAGCCCCAAAUCUCCUUGAUAGUGCAGAACAUGACCUAUUUUGAGUGGUUUUUGAAGAUGAGUGGUUUGGAGCAAGCAGCCUGUGUAACUUGUGUUUGGGUAGUAAAUAAGCCUCUCCAAAUCUUUAAUCAUUAAGCAGCCUAAAUACUUAAGUAAAGCAGCGUAAAUCCAAUAAAUCAUAAGAAUGCAGACCCAUACUUGUCAAUAACUACAUUUAUUUCAUUUCAUGGGUUCAUAGUGUGCUGAUGCAUCAACAAAAAGGGAGUGAAUACAAAUUAGCUAAUUUAGUUAGAAUACUUAUAUCUACUUUAUAGCAUAAAUAAAUGCUGCAGUUCUAUAUACUUCUGCCUAGUAUAUAGCCCUAUCAAACUCAAUAAAUCUUACUACUAAGUAGAUAUGUAUAGGAUUGCUAAAUUACAUAAAUUAUAUAAUUGCUAAAUUAUACAGUAUGCCUAAAACUAUUGUCUAUGUUAACAGCAUGCUUCUUUGAAACCAACCAAAUGUACCACAAAAUAGGAACCAAAGUUGAACAAAUCCUUGCUGUACAAUAAAUGGUACAUUAGAAUAAUUUAUGUAAUUCAGCUACUGCCAAAGGAACUUAUUUCUAAGUGGGAAAGAGCCUCCCAUUAUCAAAAUCUCUGUUAGUGACUUACAGUGCAAUCCUAACCAUGCCUACUCAGAAGUAAGUCUAACUGAAUUUGAUGAACAUUGAACAGUGCAACUGACAAAAUCCCAGUUUAUGGGAUGUGACCUUUGGAAAGCUGCCCAGCAGGGAAUGCUGCCCUCUGGUUGAAAAAGGCUCCCCACCCUGUGCUACAAAUUGCAGCUGGGAACCUGUACAUGCAAAACAUGCACAUUGAUAUUGAGCUGUGGCCCUUCUUAAUUUAGGCCACUUAAAUUAUCAGCGUCUAGGAUAGGUGCUGAUUUAAAAGCCUUGGCUGGCAUAUGCAGUUAAUGCAUGCAGUUCUCUUUAAUUUAAUUGGAACUCAGAGUGUAUAACAAGGACUAUAAUGCAGAUCUACUGCUAGAGUUAAGCAGGUCUCGUAUUGUAAGAUGCUUGGAUGAAAGAACGCCUAUGAACCAUAUGCUAACUUGCUCAGAGCAAUUCAGAAGAAGUGUGGCAUGUACGUAAAAUAAAAUUGCCUGGCCGUCAAAGAUUAUGGUUCAAGUCUAAAUAUACGAGCAUUCAGAGAUAAUUGCCCCAGGGUUGCAUUGUUAAUUAUGACCAUGACAUUCUGUAUAACAUACCACAGUAUUGCCUCCCACUGAAAGACCAAGAAAAAGUGGGGGUGCAAGGAGACAUCUGAAGGCAGCCCUGUUUAGGCAAAUUUUUAAUGGGUGACGUUUAAAAAUACAUUAAAAUCUUUGUUGGAAGCCACCCAGAGUGGCUGGGGAAACCCAUUCAGAUGGGUGGGGUAUAAAUAAAUUAUUAUUAUUAUUAAGCACAAUAUUAGAGAUUGUUUAAGAUCUUUUCUGCUUACAUAGAACCAUAGAAUUGUAGAGUUGGAAGAGACCCCAAGGACCAUCCAUUCCAACCUCCUGCAGUGCAGGAAUCUGAACUAAAGCAUACAUGACAGAUGGCUGUCCAACCUCUGUUUAAAAGCCUCCAAAGAAGGAGAGUCCAUCACCUGCUGAGGGAGACAGUUCCACUCUUACUGUCAGAAAGUUCUUCCUGAUUAGUCAGAUUCUACUUUCUUGUAACUUCCAUUAUUUUGGGUCCUAGACUCCAGAGAAGGAGAAAAUAAGAUUCCAUCUUCCACAUGACAGCCCUUUAGAUAUUUGAAGAUGGCUAUCAUAUCUCCUCUCAGAGUCUCAUCUUUUCCAGGCUAAAUAUACCAAACUCAACCAUUCCUUAUAAAGCUUGGCUUCUAGACCCUUGAUAAUUUUGGUCCCCCUCCUCUGCACAUGGAGCUGGUCCUUCCUGUGCAAGGGUAGAAUCUUACAUUUGUCUAUAUUGAAGUUUAUUUUGUUAGUUUUGACCCAGUUCUCCAAUUGUGAACGUCAUAUUGAAUCCUGAUUCUGUCUUCUGCAGCAUGGGCUACCCCUCCGUUUGGUGUCAUCUGCAAAUUUGAUGGGCAUCUUACAUGAUACAGACGUUCCAAAGGGUGCCUUAACUUGAAAUUGCCAUAUGUUUCAGAGAAUGAGUGAAUUGGCAACUGCCUUAGUUUUUCUAUUAAACCAUUAAAAAAAUCCUAGAACAUGAAGCAAAAAAUCUGGCAAUAUAUUGUUACUUAGUUUAUUGAUCCUGAGUUCUUUAGAAAUCCACAAGUAAUAUUCAAUCAUAUUUUUGUGUAAAAACAUUCUGUCCAUGAUGGAGAACCUCUCAUCCUUGGUCCUAAUUAGGCCCACCAGGCCUCCCUGUUUUGUCUAAGCCACACCUACAGUAUCUGCCCUAAAUGUGAUAUUGUAUGCUGUCAGCAGGUAAAGACUAAGUUGUCCCGAAAAAGGGGUUGCUGUGCACCACCAGUCAUCUGAGUGGGAGUAUUGCAAAACACUUUGCAUAGCACCUUGAGUGGCUCUUUGCAAGCACUGAUAAUCAGCUGUUUGUUGUUGCUUACAGAGGGCCAUGUGCAGGGCUUUGAAGCCCCGAUGAACAACUAAUUGUAGGGACUUCAAAGCAGCAAUUCUGUUUGUGCCCUUACUAUUAGCUGAUUAUCUCGGCUUCAAAGCACCGUGGAAUUUCCUGUUCACAGAUCCCUUGUGUUGAAUGCAAUUUGGUCCUAAAAGAACAUACCAGGCUUUGAACACUUGCAUGUGUUUUGUUUUUCAACAUGUCUAGGUCGACAGAUUCCACCCUUGGAAACUCAUGAAAAUGGCAACAGUGGGACGAUAAAACUUGGAAAGCAGACUGCACAAACAACUAAGCGGUGUUGUUAAACCAACUCAACCUGGUUUGCAUUACUUGAAAAAAGAAAAGAAAUCAUUUGCUUAUUUAUUGAGCUACAGACUUCAGAAACUCAAUGACAGAACAUCUUGUCUAAAAGCAAUAAUAUCAGUGCUUUCAUUGGAAUUGUAGGAGAAAGGUCUUGGAUCUGCACAAUUAAAGUGGACAAUUCAUUUUAGCAAUAAACUGUUUAAAAUAUUGACUCAGAUUAUUGGAAUAAUCUGCUUAAACCAAUGGGUAUUUUAAAUAAGCCUUUUGUUGAUAAGAGCAAAUGUUACAUUUUCAGUACAAUAUUCUGAUUUGACCUUUAUGAAAAAACAUACUAUGGUAUUUUAACUAAGUGAAGGAUAUGUACUUCUUAAUCUUUUUUUCUAACCAGAUUUGGCUUCUGUGACUUUGUUUCUAAAGCAAUAACUUAAAAGGGUGCCAAUUAGGUAGCUAUCUUUGAACAAUAAAUAGAUAAAAAUAAUAGUAAUUUUUAAAAAAUAAUAAAAUUCUGGUAAUUUUUAGCUUAAAGCUGUAGUUUCUUCUAUACUUGAAAGGUAAAAGCAGUAAUUGCAAACUCGACACUUUUAAGUACAUUAGGAAGUCUUAAAGGAGUCGAGAGAGGGUGUAGCACUGUAAACUCAAAAUGUUUGCAUUUAACAUCCAAUUACCAUAGUAAAAAUGAUUAGCAGACGCUGUUCCAGAAGCCAAAAAUGAAUAGGAUAACAUACCUUCCACUCCAGAUACUUGAAUUCAUUUAAAGCCCAUCUGGUGGCGAUGCAGUGCUAUGAAGAUCUGUCAGUAGUUGUGUCUUUCCCUGCUCCAUAGUUUGAUACAAUGAACUAAAUUCUUCUUCUGUCUCCUUCAGUUUCAAUUACUGGACUGAAGGUAGACAAGACAGCAGCAAACCCAGCUUUUUCACAAAGUAUAAAUCAGCUUUUAAAGGACUUCACCUUACAAAUACUGAACUGGCAUUUGAUGCCAAUGAUAUGUCUGGAAAUAAGCAGAUGGAAGUAGCCAAAUUAUGUGGCAUCAAUAACAACCACUGGACUCCAGUCCAUAAAAACAGUGGUAAGAACAGUAGCACAUAUUUUAUGUGUGUGUUGCCAUAUUCAUUUCAGUCUUGCCACUGUCUUUGUUUCAAGUUGUUGAAAGUGGUGGAGUAAGUAGCACUGACGUAAAUAAUGUUGAUCUGUGAGAAGAAAGCAACCUAAAUACAUUAGUAAAAUCUGUGCAUGGCCUUGUUGAUCACAAUCCUGGGAAAUGUGGCAUGGCUACAUCACAACCUAAGCCUCAAAAGCCAGUGUUUUGCUGUUUGAAAAAAGAAGUGUGCAGUUGAUUGUCUUUAAAUAUCUAUAGGUUUUGCAACAUGCACCCUUCGUGGUUGAUUGAGAAAGGGUAGUUGCAUUAUUCUAGCAUUUACCUUGAAGCUGUUGAAGGCUGAAGAAUAACUUUCUGUGCAGUGAAUUGAUAUAGAUUGUACCACAACAGCUUAUAAAUGCAGUUUGGUUGCAAAUACAGCAUCAAGAGAGGUUAUUUUCAUGCCCUCAGACACUGUAUAUAGAGAUAACGCACAAUACUGAUUCAAUGUUUGGGCAAGUUUAUUGAAUUGAUACAUUGCUAUUAAGUUGCUUGUUCAUAUUUUAUGUACUGAAGUCACAAAGAAAAUGCUUCCAUGUGGGCAUGGGAGGAGCCAUUCAAUUUUGCAAUCCAUGAGAAGCCCAUUGAGCUGCGUGAUAUGCUACUCCAGAGUACUUCUUGCUUUUUGGUGAUGUUUUGGGGCUUCUACAGAAAUGGGGGAACUGAAAAUCCCCAGCUUAUAAGUAGAAGUAAUAUUUUUCUUCUCUGCUCACAUACAUAGGUAUUCUUACCUGAAUAGAUUGUGAACCACAUUACCAGUGGCUAAAGAAAGCCCCUUUUGGGAGCUAAAACUGUCAAAUGACAAAAUCAUAAAGUUCUGGGUAAUGUGCCUUUUCCUAUGAUAAACCAGAAUGACCUUUUGUGUGUGCAAAGUUAGCUAUAUAAUCCCCAUUCCCCACCCCCACCCCCGCAGUUGGAAUAGUUUCUGCCACCUCAGUUCUGCUUCUGCUUGCAAGAUGACGGAAGAGAUCAGUUGUGAAAACAGUAGCAUUUUCCAUAGGGGAAUAGUAUUUCAUAAACAAAAAAAGGAAAAUGAAAUUGCUUAGAUCUCAUACUGUAAAAAUGUUAAAUCAAUUCUACAAGCAAUAGAAUGGGUCCAUACAUGAUACUGCAAAUGGAGACAAAGCAAAACCCAUCACUAAUACAGUGCAGACCGUGAAUGACUUCACAUUUAAUUACUUUUAAAAUUUAAUAUGGUAUACAAUGGUGACAGUUUAAAUGAAAUUAUGUCUUCCAGUUUUGCAUGAAAUAUUAUAAAAGACGGAGUAGGGGGGGAAAUGCUACAAAGCAUUCGAUAUAUGAUUCCAAAUUAUUACAAGCUGCUUUACCUGUCUUCUAUUAAUGUAUAUGGCUGUUCAGUUUGAAAGCAUCCCAGCGCAAGCAGAUAAAUCGGUACCGCUGUGGUGGGAAGGUAAAUGGCAUUUUUGUGCGCUCUGGCUUCCAUCACAGUGUUCCAUUGAGCCAGAAGUCAUUUAGUCAUGCUGGCCACAUGACCUGGAAAGCUGUCUGUGGACAAACGCCAGCUCCCUAGGCCUGAAUGCAAGAAGAGUGCCACACCCCAUAAUCGCCUUUGACUGGACUUUAACUGUCCAGGGGUCCUUUACCUUUAAGUCGCUUUACGUGUCUUCUAUUAAUGUAUAUGGCAUAUACAUGGCAUAAUGUAUAUAUUUAUAAUACGAGAGCAGAAUAUUGUUGAUUGGGAGAAGCAAGUAUAACCCAUCAUAAGUUAUAGAGUAGGUGCAUUUAUGUGUUUUAUGGAUAAACUGUUUUAUUGCAAAACUGUUUUUUCAUGCCAACUGAACUGAAACUCCAUUACUUUACAGAACUAUAGAAAUGUGUGUUUGUCAGCGCAUAGUUCACCAUUAUUUGUUUCAUAGUAGUCUAACUUUUAGAGCCCAGCAAAAAUGCUAUACUCAGAAGCGAUAUACUCCAGAAUAGCUAUAUAGUAGCCCAAACCAGAGGCACAGCUUAAAUAAGAGGAAUUAGGUGGUUUUGCAUGAGCAUUCUCUACUUAGGCCCUGGAAGCUGAUACACAAAACCCUCAUGUCUCAUGACCUGGUCUCAAGUAUAUCAUUUCUGUGGAAUGAAAAUGCUGUAUUAUCUCCUGUAGACCUAUUUGAUAAAAUGUGAGCUUCAGAGUAUAGUAACAGCCUGUAGAGCAGAGAAAAUAGGUUAUCUUCGUGUAUUUAACAAAUUCAGUGGCGUAGGAAUGUGUGAAGACCUGGAGACACUGACAAGGUCUUCCAAGAUUAAGCAGGUAUAUGGAAGCAUAAUACCAGUCUCAACAGGCUUUUCUUAGGUUUGAUCAUUUGGACAAAAUGUAAAAUGUCAUUUGUUUCAGAAUGAAAGGUCAAAAUCACAAAUGAGAGAAAAGUAGGGCAUCACUUGUACUGCUAUACAGGAUGUGGCUUUAGCUGUGCACAGGAGUGACUUUUACCUUUUCACAACUAAUAUCUGUUCCUAUUCUGAAAAGUGGUUCUAUGCUCAAGUCCAUUAAAAUAAAAGGGAUUUAUAUACCAAGCAGAAUGCAGAACUUCAGCCACAUUUUCAGUUUUCUGUAGUGUUUAUUCUGUGGCAAUUACAUUCAAGUAUAUUCAACACUGCAACUAUUGAUAAGCUGCUGUUUGAAAAGGUUUCCCUCUCCCAUUUCCCCUUCAUAAGAUAGCAUGCAGCUUGCACAAUGACUGGUAUUUAGAUUCUCCCUCCUUUGGAUUUGAAAUAGACCCUUGUAAUCAAUAUUAUGCUAGGUCCCAAUUUAACAGGAGGUACCACUCUUAGUUGGCAUGGUGAUUAUACCAGGUAUAGGAGUAGAGCUGGUGUUAUAUUGGGAGUGGCAUGGUUUCCCCCACCCCCACAUUUUGAACUUCAGGCUUUGCAGUCCUGAUGUUUCUAUGGUUACUGGUGAUUAGAAGGCAUUUCCAAAUAUAUCUGGCCUACAGCAAGGCCAUAGAGUCAUAGAACAUCUGACAAAAAGUGACUUGAUCCCAUGACUAAUGUGAUGGUGAUUUUGGUGUCAUGAUGAUAUUGUCACUGAUGUUGGGAAGGAAUAUGCCGCUGAACUGCAGGUAAGAACCUCUAGGAUGUAGGAUGGUGGUGGAAUAUGACUGCUAAUGUUGACACAAUGCAGGCUGCAGUAGGGCACAUUACACGACUGCUGGUUAAAAGAGAUACUGGCUAUUGCUUCCUACUCUUGCUCAAAAGCAAUGCAAAAUCUCCAGCACAUGCCACACUGUUAAUGUUAUACAGAUGUGGACCAGAGCUUUGGCUAAGUGCUUGGCUGGGUCAUAGAGCAACUCUGGAAAAUAUUUGUAUCUGUAGGUGACAUCAUCUGAUUACAGUACAAAAUGCCCGUCUUGACCAGCUAGCCCGACAUGUGUCUCUGGAAUACUUUAAGUGGAACAAGUGCUAACAUAGCUAUAGCAUAAUCUGCAAAUCCAGUAUAUCAUGAGUUUUCAGCUCAAGAGAGUCAUUCUUUAGUUGGAAUGAAUACGAGUUUCUGGAAUCACAUGAAUGAACUGCUUUUUGAAGGAAAAGAAAACCAUGAAUUGUUUAUUUAUAUGUUGACUUUGUGUUUGUUUGCUUCAUAAUCCCUCAGAUAUUAAGAUUUGGACUUAAUGGUUGAACUCAUACAUAUGACUUCUUAAAGCAAUUGCAUCAACACCUCCAGACAGAUAUGGGGGCAGCAGCAUAUUGUUACUGUAGCUAUGAUUUAUAUCUGGUCCUUAUUAGCAGAUGUAAGCCAAGAACAGUUGUAUAGAUAACAUAUUCCAUAUAACAUUUGUGUAUAGCAGUACUCAUUUGAUCGCUUUUUAAAAGUCUCCUUAUGACAAGAGCAUUGUGCAGAAAAUGCCAAUAUGUAUAUUAACAUAUGUAUCAUUCUAUAUAUAUUGGUAGCUAUUUCUACUGGAUAAUUCUGGUUUGCAUUUCUAGUGUAUACAAUCAGAAACAUACUUAUUUUUUAAAAGGUCCCAUUAAACUCAACAGGACUUACUUCAUUCCUGCAUCCCUCAUGCCACCUGGAGCAAGAGAGCUAUGUUAGCUGACCAAGAAGUUGGCAUAUUUUAUUUACCUCUUAGUGAAAACAGUUGCUUGGCUUGGUGGAACAACUUUGGCUGAUCCUGGUUGAUGGUGUUCUGGAAAAGAUCAUCUCAAUGGCACAGGGGCCUAUAUUCCACUGCCUCAGAAAGACAUCAUGAAUGGAGAAUGAAUUGGACACUGAAGAUGUGGCAUGCAUCCCAAAAGCCCAAAUCGCUCCGCUAGGAUUCUUUUAGAGAUGACAGGGGCUGCCCCAUUUCCAGCAAAAGGAAUGUGAGGGGAGGUGAAUUGGGCUCUUAUGAUGCACUUCCCUGAGUCUAGUCCCCAUUUUCUCCCAGGAUUUUUGAUUUAUAUCUGCCAGUCUAAAGUGUUAAAAUAGCAUAAUAGUGCACAUGUAUUUGUUGACCGAUGGCAGCAAGCUGCAGAACAAGAGACGAAUCUUCAAAUGGCAACAGAUUUAUCUAGUGUGCUUCAAUAUAAUACAAGUGAAUAAUAUUUAAUAUAGUUGAUUUCAUCCAUACAAUUGUGAUUGUGCUUCUGUGCUCAUGGCACUAUUUCUGUGUAGACAUAUGCUUUUUCUUAUUCCAUCUUAUUUGUUUAAACCCAGAAAAGCAAUAAAUUCCAGUGUAAUGCUUUGUACUAUCACUCUGUGUUGUUUAUGCAAGGGCUUUCAAUGGGCUGGACCCAUUGGUGGUUAUGUAUGAGAUGUUAUAAUCUUUUAAUAUUGUUGUGUCUAUAUUGUAAUUGUAUGAUCAGAAACAAGAUUUGUGUCUAAAACAGUCAUUUUUUAUUUAAUCAAUAAUGAAUGAUACUAAUAAAUAUUCUUAAUUUUUGCACCUUUUUGCCUUUAUUAGAUGACAAAAAUAAAAGAGAACAAUGAUCAGAACAGAAAGCACUUGUAUUUCCUGAUGGACAUUCUUUUCUCUAUAGAAAAGCAUUUACAAGCCUAUGCAAAAGUUUAGUUCUUCCACCAUUUUGCAUAAAAUCAAUUGAAAACUUUUGUAAGCAGUCUGUAAGUAAUCGACAAUAUAACUUUAAGAAUUAACUAUGCAAAUCAUUUUUGCGACCAUUCCUUCUACACCUUUUAAAUAAAACAGCUGCACAUCCAAUGCAAUUUGUGAGAUAUGAAACUGCAGUCUUAUGUAGACUUAUUUGGGAAUAAGUCUCAUUGUACUCAGUGGGAUUUACUUUCCCAUAAAUGUAAGCAGGUGCCAUAUUUAAGAUGCCUCUGGCUAUUCACACAUCCUUGAAACUAUUUUUUUCUGGAGGCUUUAACUUAUAUUGAGCUCUGGUAUUGGAAGGGGGUUAUAAAACACAAAUACACCUGGAAAGACAUUGCUGUAGGUUGUUUAUUAUAUUUUUAAAGAACAUUUCUAUACUACCUGCCACCAAGGUCUUGAGGUGGUGAACACGAAAAAAAGAAAACCAAGUACAUCGUAAAAUGCAGCUGCAAUCGGGUAGAAGUGUAAAAGCCAGCUAAAACCAGAAUUAUGCAUCAGCAAAAGCUUGGUCGAAUAACUACAUUUUAAGGAGGUGCAGGGAUACCAUCAUGGAUGGUGCUUGCCUAAGUUUAGAAGAUGUGGGUCUGCAAAAAAAGAGUGCCACUACAGAAAUGGCUUACCCUCAGUGGCUGCCAGUCAAAUCUCCAGUAGUUGUAGCAUCCCUAGGAGGUCCUUAUGAGAUGAAUGUAAGGCUCCCAUCAGGCAGUAGGGAAGAUGAGGCUCUUGUAAGUGUCCUGCUCUCAAGUUGUUUAUGACAUCAUCAUCACCACCACCACUUAACUGCCCUUCACCAUACACCCCCUGGAUGGGUUACAACAUUGCAACACAAUAUCAAUACCAGUUUACAACAACUUAAGUCACAGAAAUAAGGUGGGCCCCUCUCCCAGGUUGGUGCCUCUAAACUUCUGAAGGUGCAGGAACUACCAAGAGCGCUCCCUCCACUGUUCUUGGUACCCAAUAACAGUUGAAAAAUGCAGAAUCUUCGAAUCUGAAUAAUAACUCCCAAUCCAGCUGCAAGGCAGGAAUGGAUCUGAGAUACGUUAAUUAUUGAUUAAAAUGCCUCAAUAAGUAAAAAUAAUACAAGAAAGGUAGAAGAAAGAAAGAUACUAUCAUAGAUUCGUGGCUGCGUAUAGAAAGAAAACACAAAAUUAUUUACAUGCAUUAAAUAUCAAAUGUUUAACAGUCCGUCUUACAACUGAAUUAUUAAUGCUAAAACUGAGUGACCAACAAUGGGAUUGUUGUAGUGCUCAGGGCUUUCUGGUCUGGUAGGAAGUAUAAGGGAAGCUUGAUAGAUGUAAAAGAUAAGGACAGAUAAUUUUAUAUCGUAUUGAACCAAUGCUUUCAUCUGUAAAAGCAAUGUCAACUCUUAUGGGGCUAGUACACAGAUACGUUUUUCCUGAAUGAGUUGGCUUGUGCUAUUAUAUAGUUUGUAACAGAUAUGUAAUAACAGUAGUUUGAUCUCAGAUCAGUUAGUAGACACAAGCUUGUAAAAGAGACUAAAUAUGAUUUCAAAAUACUAUGGCGACACGUCGUGUGGAUCCAUCUCCUAUGGAGCAACAGAAACAGAACUAGCCCAUUAAAAAGUUAACCACUUUGCUAUCAAUGCAAGAUCACUGCCAAAUAAGGUAGUGCAGAAUAAUUUAUUUUUGUUUCUUUAUAUUAAAAGGUACAAUUUUCUUUUUCAGUUCUAAAGGUCUUAGAGGUGUGUGUGUGUGUGUGUGUGUGUGUGUGUGUGUGUGUGUAAACAGAAGAAGAAGAAGAAGAAGAGUUUGGAUUUGAUAUCCUGCCUUUCACUCCCUUUAAGGAGUCUCAAAGCGGCUAACAUUCUCCUUUCCCUUCCUCCCCCACAACAAACACUCUGUGAGGUGAGUGGGGCUGAGAGACUUCAAAGAAGUGUGACUGUCCCAAGGUCACCCAGCAGCUGCAUGUGGAGGAGUGGAGACUCAAACCCGGUUCCCCAGAUUACGAGACUACCGCUCUUAACCACUACACCACAGAUAUUUCAU